UGGAGGGGGCGCCUCACGGGCACGCUUUCACAUUGUCGUUCUCAAACCAAUAGGCCUGCGCGUUCAUCCCUCCCCGUGCACACACCCCUCCAUCCUCCUCCUCCUCCCGGCGUGUCUGAGUCUCCGGCUGCAUGAACGAGCCUCGAUUCACUACAAGCCUGAACUUCUACGAUGCGUCUCUCCCAUACCUCAACUGAGUGCACAGCUCAGUCUGCAGCAGCAUAGGAUGUAAUCAAUCCCACAUGUUUCACCUCUGCGACUCGGGGAUUUUACACUUUGAAUAUUUUUCUGCUUUCUCUUUCAUUCUACACCACUUGCCGAGCAAUGGAUAUAACUUACCAGUGAGUAGCAAAUUAUGUUACAACUGUUUUUAUAAUCUGAAGUGAUUGUGCUGAAUGUCGAUUUUACAUCCAGUGCUGCAUGCUGGGGAUAUAAUACAAAUUUUCCCUUUUAUUUUGAAAGGGUUGCUUCUUUUUUUAAAGCCUGCCCCACUUUUAUUUACUGUCAUUCAUUUGGAGUAAGAAAAUAGUAAACAUAAAGCCUGUGAUGACCCUUUUAAAUCUCACUGAACAAUUAGGCUACUUUAGGACAGACCUCAUUCUGGGAUGAUGUUUUUUAUUAUUUGAAGCUACAUUUGUCUGAGUAUUACGGUAAUUUUUACAGAUUUAUUCCACUGUUUUCUGUCCAGUCUAGAGCUCCGAGCUUUUCGGCGUGUGUGUGUGUGUGUGUGUGUGUGUGUGUGUGUGUGUGUGUGUGUGUGUGUGUGUCACUUUCUGCUUUGACCUCUCUUCACAGUCAAAUUACUUGUGUGUUUCUAAUUCCUCCUCUAUUCAGACCCUCUAGUUUUUUUUAUCCCGCUUCCUCACGCCUGUAGUCUUAUAGAGAAUAAAUUGUAGUUUAUUCUUUGUUCCUUUCCUAUUGUGUGUAAGCUCGUGAGAAUGUGUUUGGGAGAGAGAAAGACUGAGGCAGUUUUAUUGCAAACUGCAGUGCUCCCUCCCCUAUGUCUCCCCCUCUCUCGGUAUGACGGCUGUGCAGACGCCGGGCUGUCUUCCGCUCGGCCCGGCUUGUCUCUCCUGUUUAGUCGGCCUCUGAACACCCAGAUUUACGGUCCUGGUUAUUCUCUGUGACUUUACUUUAUUGCUAAAUUGUUGAAGGCAAUGAGCUGGCCUCUGAACCUGUGCCACUUCGGAAGUGAAUGCCUUUUGAUUUCCUUUUAUCUUUUGUCCAAAAGCGCACACAUCCAGAUUUCAGCCAAACACCAACAACGCAUUUUUAAAAUCUGAAAACUGAAUUACUCUGAAUCUGAAAAACGCGACUGUUAAUAGAUUUCCUGCCAUUCCUGAUGAGCUCUUGUGAUGUCGUUUUGAGCAGGAUUGAAUACUUUUGUUGGAGGAUUUCACGCGGCGAUAGUUGACCCUUUGCAGGGCAGUGAUGGUGAAGGUGUGUGUGCGUGUUUGGGUUGCGCGUGUGUGUGUGAGAGUUUGGGGUGUGUGUGUAUGCGGGGUUCUGAACGCCUUACACACACACACACACACACACACACACACACACACACACACACACACACACACACACACACACACACACACACACUACAGCAGAUACACAAAUGACAAUUUUUCUCCUAAACUGUUAUGCACGAUCUACUCACGUCGUUUUGUUUGCGUGGCGCGCGAUAACACAGGGUUUAGAUCCAGGUUUGUUAAAUGUGGCCUGAGUGGCUCUCUGUUGACGUGGAAUGUAAACACGGAGGACGUGUGUUUACGGGCUGAAAAUUUAAAAAUGUAUAGACAAAUGUCAGCCGAGAGUGGUGUAUGAUUGAUGUCCCGUGGAGAAGGGCUAUUGUUUCUCACAGCCGAGGGGACAGGAGAGAGUCCAUUUUGCCUUCCAGUGCGCGAGCAGGAGCAUGCAUGUCUCUCUUUUUAACCCUUAUCCUCCUCUUUUCAAAUAUUACGUUGCCCAAUUGCAACAUGAAAUAUAUCUACAUUACAAUGCAUCCUGACUUUAAUGCAAAAAUCUUUUGAGGACCUUUAGGAAACAAUCAACAUUUGAGUGUUUUACGCACAGCACACGCUCACAAUUCCAGGCUCCUUUAGAGCAGCUAAACUUUGGAGACACCCCAUCCAAACACGAUUCCUAAAACUUUGAGUCCUUGAGUGUGUGUGCGCGUAAAGGAGGCUUCAGUCCAAGCUCAUGCAGCCCAUAUUCUCCUGCACUUCAUAAGUCCCUGGUCCACCAGAGCAUUUGAUAUUUUCUUUGUUCCUUUAUCGUUGAUUCCUGGGAGGUGCUAUCAGCAUCUACACAGCGCUAGAUGGACGUGCCAUGCAUUGAAAGGCCUAAUAGAUGGACUACUGAGGUGUGUGUGUGUGUGUUUGCCUCUCUCCCUCUCUUUCUCUCCCUAUCUGAGCGUCACAUGGAGCCCUAUUUAAGUAAAUGGCCUGGGCUAUAAGGCAUACAUAUAAAGUCGAUGAUUUUCCGAGUCUAUUUCACUGUUUAUUGCCUCGCUCUUUCGCUCUGGAGCAGAAAGGUGAUGUGAUUUGUGUUUGUGAUUACAGUGUAGCCUACAUAUACUGUAAAUGUAGCAGAGAUGCAUGGGGUUUGCCAUUGCCAGAAGGCGUAAGGUGGAUAAAAAUAGCUGAUUCAUGGCCGUUUCUAUUAAAAAAACAACAACACAAAUGAUAAUCUUGGGAACAAAGGGGCAAGAUCACAAUAAUACUAAAAAUUUAAGGGGAGCAGGGUUAAGAGACUAGAUUUUAAAGGGAAAUCAGAAAAGUCACAUUUUAUCCAUUAACGUCGUUCAUCAAACUAUUGAUCACAGGACGGAAUGUGUGCGUAUGUGUGCGCAAGGCUGCUCUUAUCAAUCACACGUUUCCAUGCGUUUUUCUUUAAUUACAGAAAUAAAGAAUUUACUGCCACACAGGGAAGCGGCCGUGUGACAAAUAUUUGUACACUUCCUUUUAAGAGAACUGAAUGUUAAAAGAAAUGUAAACCAACAGAAAGUUUAAACACCAAUAAAUUAGUAAAUAAAUAAGCAAAAACAUACGAAAAGUACAGAUGUGUUUUUCUCUCUCUUGUAUGAUUAUGAAAUAAAAUCCUGCGUGGAAGUGUUCUCGCUCAUAAGACUUUUGCAAAAGCUUUUUUUCCCCCUGUUUUUCUGUACAGGAGCCCUCGAGGUCCAGCUUGUUUAUGACCAGCCCUUGUUCCCCUCUAAAGACUUAACAACUCGUCCUUCAUCGAGAGAGGCUUUUUACCGCUGUGAACUCUUGUACUGUAUAUGCACCAUUUGUUUGUACCUGAGCCAAAUCUCCCCCCUUUCCUCUCCAUUCUUUGCGCUGAUAAAGAAAAGCUCCCGUGUGCGUUAUUUGCAUCGUGUUUGGUCACAGUAUGAAGAGGAGGAGGAGAAGGAGGAGGAAGGGGGUUGCAAAGACUUCUCUGUUAGGGGUAGUGAUAUAUAGUGAAGGGUAAAACCACAUAAAGUCAGUGCAACCACCUUUUUUCUACAGGAGAGACUUGCCAAUGCUGGAGUAAAUCGCGGUAAAGACACCGGAAAAAUGGAGCAAACGUAGUGAUAGUUCUGUGCAGAUUGGGUCCUUUUCAAUCGGUUUUUGGUGUAAUUUGAAUGGCUUUUGUUGUUUGUCUAAACAUGAACAGCGACUGUCUCUCACUCCAGUCUUUUCUUCAGCUCCACAUUGCUGCCUGGUUAAUCAUUGUCAGCGCUUUGACGCGUCUCCUGCUCUCUCUUUUGUAGGACAUGACGGGGACUCAGUUUCUACCCUGCAAAGCCAAAACUCCGCUCAAUGCGAGGGGAGCCCUAAGUUCAUAAAAGGGAUUAUUUGCAUCUGGGUGCCUGAGACCUUCGGUGCCUCCGGAUUUUACUUUGGGAUUUGGGAUUUAUCGCUUCUAAAACCGGGAUGGAAAGCCGAGAUUUCGCUCCUCCGCACCACCUCCUGACGGAGCGGAGCGCGCUGGUUCACAGCGCCGCGUCUCGGAUGGCGCCAGGCGGCCACGGCUCCGUGCAGCACCCCGCUCACUUCCAGCCCGGGAAAUACUACUCCUCCCACCUCUCCAUGGGUCCGCACUCAGGUCAGUUUUGGAUGCAGCUCUUUUAAAGUGUGUGAAUGACAAGUGUGCUUUCAAAAACACCCAGUUACUCUCUUUUGUUUAAAGCAUAUGUUCUGCAUAUUACAAACUUGGGAAAGCUUGGAGCUCUUUGGGACGGACUAGAAUUUACUGCGGAGGGAAAUUGCUCUGACUUUGUGGACAUUUAGAAAUCAACAGAUGUGAGUUUUAUGUUUUACUUAAUUUAAUGAACUGUUUAUGGCAUGGCUGCUUUAUGUGUGUAACAUAAAAAUAAAUAUAAUUUAUCAGUACGGUUUUUUAGUCUCGCGUAAAAGCGAAACUUGGAUCAAGAAGUAAAAUUUCCACCUUUAAGAAAAAUUAGAUUAACUUGAAAUUUACGGCACACUACUUUUUUCGUCUUGGACUAAACGACCUGUCAUAAUUUCUUGAAUUUUCCAGGAUUAUUCCCUUUAUCACCCAGGGAUUAUUAAGCGUAAUCUUGUCAUAGAUUUAUAUGGCUUCAUCAAUUAGUAAAGAAGUAAUCACGGCAUUUGAUGUAAUUAAUUAGAAUUAGGUAAUUCAACUGCUUAUAUUUCCCAUUAAACAAUAAAUUAAAGCUGUUAAGCUGCAUAGUCCCAUGUUUCCAAAGUGGCUCUGAGGCAAAAGGAGCAUGGUGGUUCUCCUGGUGUUGGGGUCGUAUUGGUCCCAAAAUGAGGGUUGUGGUGGUUUUGGAGAGGAAGGGGACCACUGGCUAAUGGAGGUGCGGGUAAUACCAGAAAAUCCGGUUUCUAUAUUGAGCAGGGACGUGACGGGGUGCGAAUGGGUUGACAGUGCAUGCAUUAGAUUUAACAAGUAGCUUUGGUAUCCUGUCUCAAUAUGAGGGGUGGGGGUGGGGGGUGGAUUGUGUGUGUAGAGAAUGAAAGAGAGCCUUGGCUAAGAGUCAUACAGUAACUAACUGGAUGAAUGUAUGUAAACGCGCCCAAUGAGAAAUCUCAUUAAUUAUCGUUUGCUAUUGCGGUGCUUUCUUUAAAUAGACGUUAAGACUCUGCUCUAUGAAUGAAAUCAUCUGCUGUGUGUUGGAGACACACAUCUUCUGCGCACUGCUAUUUGCAUAUUCAUUAGUUAUACACAACAGCCAAAAACGAUGUAAAGUCAAGAUCCAGUUUAACAUUUGAACACGACAAAUUUGACAAAAUACGACCAUUUCCGGUGUGGACGUUGAACUCGGCGCCAUGUUUGUCGACGGAAAACUGGACCGGUUCUGUACUAGAGGUUUGUUUACAGCCGCUUCAUUUGAAGAUGGUCCACAAAAAUAACAUUAUAUGUGCCUGUUUUAUCUCUAGAAAUGUUCUCACACUCCCUGUGACUCCUAAACUAAGAGUUAAGUUUUAUCUUCGAAUCUAAUAAUUUCCCCCCACACCUUAAUGUGUAUUUUAAUGAGUUUCUUUUGUUGAACCUUUUAUGAGGCUCUGACACAUUUCGAUUUUCAAAAUUUUCCAAUUUCCAUUUUUUUGAAUAUUACUUUAAAUUGAACCUAACUAUCAUAUAUUGUUGACAGCAGGCUUGUUAUGUUAUGGAAAAUUUUAUGCACAAAAAAUACACUAUCAUCGUGUAAAGCAUGUGUAGGCUACAUUAUAAUAUAAUGCAUACUAAUAAAUUUACAGAACUACUGUUCUAUAAUAUAGUAGGAUUAAAUCAUUAUAAAUCAAUACCAGAUGUAGAGUUGAUUCUUAGUUGAUAAAAUAUUUUGUAUAUUUUAUAAGACACUGAACAUCAUUUCUCCCUCAACUUUAACUUAAUAUUUUUGAUCAAAAAUAUGUAAUAUUUUAAGUCGAGAGAUGCUCUUGUCUACCUUUCAUAUCAAUUUAAACAGAUAAUCCUCCACUUUGACUAAAACUGCCUCUUUCUGACAUGUAUUGUGCGCCAAUUUAAAAAUGAUUCUGUGACGUUGAAAGGGAAAAAGGCGUAGUAAUGCAGGGUGAUAAUGCUAUUGAAAUAUAUUCAAGAGGGCCUCUCACUGGGUCUCAAGGUGCAUGACACUGUAUUGAGAUUCCAGAUAUCCAGACUCUCCAUGCAUGUCCCUGAUGGGGUUUUGACUGACAUGAUGGGCAUAGAGGAUUGUUGUUUUGGGAUGGGGGCUGGGAUACGUUUCUGUGUGUGCAAGAGUGUGUGUUUGCUGGGAGGUUAGGAUGGGGGUUACCUUUGUGCUUGCCCCCCUCAGAGAUUCAGAAAGCUGUAUGCCUGGCCCUAGGCCUCAGCACAGGGGGUAGAUAUGAUGUGGGGUUGGCCGUACCAGGGCAGGAGGGGGGCUUACGGUGGGAGGGUGUGUGUGUUUCAGAUCUUUGGAAAGACACACACACACACACACACACACACACACACACACACACACACACAUUUUCUAGUCUCGCUAGACAACACAGAGUGUAUCGCUUACAGAUAUUCAAAAAAAGAAAAGAAAAAACUCUCAUUCCGCCCGUUUCUUCAUUUCCCAGAAAACGUGAAAUCCAUCAAUUUGCCGAAGCCUCUUAUUUAGAUCAGCAUGGUGUCUGCUUGAAUAUGGUCGCGCUUGACAAGGUGAUGGAAUGACAGGCGCAUACCAACGCCAUAAGACGCAGCCCCUGUUUGAUAAAACCUCACAAUGAUAUUACACAGACGUUUAGAUUACUGAUAGGAGCAGUGGGAAGGCCUUUUGUCUCUCUUUCCCCUCCCUUUGCUUUCAUUACUUUCUCUCUCCCUGUUUCUUCCCCUUUUUCAGUGAUGUUAGCCCCUGGGCAGUCGUUGUGCAAACGUGUGUAUGUGUGUGUGUAUGUGAGAUUAGGGUUAGGUUUAGCCUGCAGUAGCACAGGUGUGCAGUAUUAUGGAGGGCGUGGCAGAGCUUGUCAUUGAACAGGUGUGUUACUUCCCAGACAGCAGACGGUUUUUGUUUACAUGGCCGUGUAUGUGUUAGGGAGUGUGUUUGUGUGUGACCUAGUAAUGCAGACGGAAGGGCCUACAUUCAUGUAACAUGUGUGCACACAUUCACAGCUGCACAGCCAACCACACAGACACACACACAAGCCUUAAAAGGUUUUCUCUCUCUGGUUGCUUGUGUUUUCUGCUUUGAGAAACCACAUUCAGGAUGUUUUGGGUAGACUAUAUAACCUUUCUGCUACUACUUUUCUCUUUUUGGCUUUGCUUUUGCUUCUCUUUUCUUUUUUCAUGCCUCUGUCAACUUGUCUUCUGGCUCUCAGUUCAGUCUUGUUAAUGAAGAACAUGAUCCUGCAGUUAGAUUCUAGAUUUCUUUGCAGAUGAUGUGUGUAUCUGUGUGUGUGUGUGUGUGACGCAUGCAGCAGCUCAGUCCAUUCAUUAUGAUGCUGUCAGUCAUGUCUCUCCUCUCUUUGGAAGUUUUCUCGGCCUAUGCUUUGAUCGUCGUGGUAGCACAGACCAGACACGCCCCCUCACCCUCCUACCUGCACACAAACACACACACACACCUUCACACACAGAGAAGUUGCAUGACGCAGAGAGAAAACAUGAUGACUAUGUGUGUGUGUUAGUCUUUGUGUGAAGUAAUAAAGGUAGAACUUUGUUAAAACCCGUAACCACGUGUGGGUGUAAUAUGUUUAAGUGUAUCAGUUAAGAAUAGCACCUCAUCAUUUCCAUACAAGCAUGGAAAUGAUGGAGGGAUGGAGCAGGGGAAGACGAGGAGGAGGAGAAGGAGGAGCAGAGGGAGUCGAGAGGCUGAAUGUUUCCACCUGGUUGGUAAUCCGGUCAGAUUACCACCGCCUGACGGCACCCACUGGCCGCCAUCCCCGACUCCUCAGCCUACCGCCUCCGCUGCGAGUGUGCGAGCGAGUGAAAGCAAGAGAGAGCGAGAGUGAGAGAGGAAGGGGGAGAUGUGUGCGUCUUUGUGUGUGUAUAUUUGUGUGUAUGUGUGUGUGUGAGAUGAGUCAGCAGUGGAUGAGCCUCAGACAGACCCCUCCCCUCUAUGCUGCACCUCGACGGCACCGUACCCAGCUCGGGCACAGGGGGGCACAUCCUCGGGUGCUGAGUGCAAGACGACCCCCUGCGAGGAGGCAGCUGGUGGAGGAUGCAGACAGGCAAGAUUUGAUUGGACGAGAGAUAGGAGGGGAGUGUAAAGUCAAUGUAACCUGAUUUUUAAUAACAUCUAAAAGAUUAAUAUUUUGGACAGUGUGCACCAACCCUUUAGUGUUUGACUUACUUUGAAUGGUAGAAGAGAACAUAAGAGAACAAUAUUUCUGAUUGAUCGAUUAAUCUUAGCAGACUGCAAAUUUGGAUCUUCAUCUUUAAGCAUCUAAUAGGUGUUAAACCACAGCCUCAAAGCCAGACUUUCACCAAACUGUGUGAAAAAGCAUUGCAUACGUUAACUGGAAUGAAUUCACACUUUUUCUGUGUUUAUUUCAAUUCUCUUUUACAUUCUUUUGGGGCUUUUUCUUGCUUGAUAAUGAGGAUAAGUUGUUGAACAGAGAGGGAAACCGAGACAGGAAAAUCAGGGAAAUCACAUGCGACUAACAGACACUGGUCCCACGUCAAGAACUAUAGCUUCCAUACAUAGGGAGUCUUUUUUUCCCUUUCCAGGAGAAGUUUUUAAGCUUUUUACCUUCAUCUGAUGGGACAGCUGAGAGGAGACAGGAAAUGUUGUGAAAGAGAGAGAGAGAGAGGGAUAACAUAAGCCAAGCAGCGAUAGGAUCUGAAGUCAAACCCUCAGCCAACGCAAUGAGGACCGUGGCCUUGGUGUGCUGCUCAACUGAGUGAGCUGAACUAACACGUGAUUAUACUGCUAAGCAAAACCAACUCCCUGUUCAUUGCAGUUUGCCGUAAUGAUGAAAUUGCAAUUAACUAUGCAGCCCUGCUCCAUACUCAUGAGUAGAAAACCCUUUUAGACUGUAUCAGACUCAAAAUAGAUGUAUCUGAACGUUUUAAAGCUCCUGUGAGGAGUUUUUGACUGGUCGUGAAACAGACUGAUAAUGCCUCUUUAUGACCCACGAAAGCAAAAAUAUUUUCUUAUGCCCCUUCUACGAAACAUAAUAGUUAAAAAUAAAAAAUCAAAGUAUAAUCUUUUGCUGAAAAUAACCAAAAAGCACAAUUGUAUAACUGUAUUGGGGAGUGACUUGUGGCAUGCAUUAGAAAUAAUGUUUAUUCAAAGGCAUGCUCUAAGCACCGACACGCCAAACAAAUUAUACAAAAUUAAGUUUUUUUUGUCAACUUAAAAACAUUAAAAACUGAUUUAACACCCACACCAGCACUGCACUUAUGUGAACAUAAAAUAAAAUAUGCAGCACUGCCAGAGAGACCAGUUAAAUGAGUCCGACUUCAGGAAAUUGUUGACGCAUUAAAGGCAUUAAGUCAUUAAGUCAUUAAGCAAAGUCAUUAAAAUGAUUUCCAUUACAAAUUAGACUCUUGUGUAUUCUUUGAUAUUUCCAGCAAACUUGUGGCUCAUAAUUUAAAUGUCUGACUGUUUCUAAUCAGAUUGACCCUGCAGUAACUGUGACCGAGUCGUCUAAAAGGCCAAAGAUAAAAAAAAAAGUGAAUAUAUUUAGUGAAACUCUAUUUGAUGUUGGAGUUUGGAGUGAAGUGUGUGUCUGUUCUGAAGCACAUUUGCCGCAGUGACAGAAGACUUUUGUCUCUCCUCCAGCUCUCCUCCAACAUGUGAACAGCUGCUUAUUGUCGGUAGCGGUGAUUUGAAGGGAGCCGGGUGCGUUUGGUUGCGACAUCUCCGGGGUGUGAACACACACCACCAUCUGAUGACUUGGCAUGUGAAUGGAGAGCGCCAGACUUCCUGUGUCCAUGUGCCCUCCUUUCUCUCUCUCCCUCUUCUUCUUCUUCUUCUGCUGUCCGUCACAAGGCCAGGCCUCUCCUCCACCCGUCUCGUCUUCCUCUCUGCUCUCUGACCACAUGCUCGCCCUCCCUCUUCCUCCACUCCUUCUGCUUUCCUCUUUCACUUCCCCUCCUCUCUGUUCCUCUCGCCUUUUCGAGUGGCCCUCCUUCCUCCUCGCAGCCAUGUUCCUCCCCUCUCUCCCCCUUCUUUUCCCUCUCAAUCGAUUCCCCCCUCCUCUUAUAUCCAACUCCCCAUGCAUCCAUCUCCUCCUCGCCCCUCUCAACACUCCUCCUAUUUCUGUCUCAAUUUCAGCCUGCUUCCUCUCCUUUUCCUACAUUGCCUCAUUUGUUUCUCCCCCCAUAGAGUCCUCUCUCUUUUCUUGCCUCCCCCACUUUCCCCCCUCCACUCGGCCGGUUGUUAACGGGCCCGUCCCGGUGCUGCUCGGCCCACGGCCAACUCACUAAAUCAGAAACGAUUGGAGGAUUUGGCAAGAGGGAGUGAGAGCUCAGUGCGGCGCCUUUUGAAGUCAGAGAAACGAGAGAAAAAUGACAUUUUAAACAGCCCGCAAAACACAAGGCUAAAACAGCUUCUUACUCUGUGCAGGAGGAGGGGUUGCUGGGUGGGUGUGUGUCUGUGUGUGUGUGUUCAUUUAAGGAUUCAAUAUAAGGUAUGCUGGGUAAAUGUGCGACUGUUGAGGCUGGAAUUCAUGAAUCAAAUGCAAGAAAAGUGACAAGAUUUGUGGAAAAUAAGCAGGUACUUUUGGUGCAUAAAUGAAUAUGUGGCUUCUUCUUUUCCAUUACCAGAUUUCAAGAAAAAGAUGAGAUGUAUGAAAGAAAAUCAAGUUUUUUUUUGUGCACAUAAAUGCGUAGGUGUUGGUGAAAGCCUGUGUGCCUGUGUGUGUGUAAAUGUGUUGACUUAAGGAUUCACUACAAGGCGCUGUAUGUGAACAUGUGGCUGCAUGGAAUUAGAUAAAUUAAACAAAUGCAUAAGACGAGUGAAACAAGCAGGAUGUUUCUGUGCCUAAACUCGUGUAUGCUCAUCUGAGACUUACUUUGUUUCUACUUUUUGUGGGAUUCAUGAAACAAAUGCAUGAAAAAGCAAAACUGCAAGAGGACAUUUGUGCUCAACUGCUGCAUGUCUCUGUGUUGGAGGACUGGCCUGGUUUCAGGGUUGAAUGAGUGAUUAAGUCCAGAGCAGGGCUGAUCAUUCAUUUUGAAUUUAGACCACUGACAUAAUUCCACCUGCCAAUCAUUCCUGACUUUGCAUGUCAAACCCGUUUUUGUGUUUAGCUCCACAACAGGGUCUUUAUUAGGGGAAUCAAAUGAACGCAAUGAAGUCUCUCACAGUGUUGACUGACCUGCAGUCAGUCGCUACUCAUUUAGCAAGCGCUGGAGUUCAUUUCUUUGACUUAAUUUCAACCACAUGUCUGGGGCAAGUAAAGUGCUGUACCGGUUUUGUGCUGCCAUUGCUUCAUUACAUUGCUGUCAUUAGCUGCACCUGUAUGCUUAGCUUAUUGGAGGCAUCUCAUGUGAUAAUUUAACUAUGACACAAAGAGCGUAUACUGCAGACUUGCAAACUGAGUCAUUGUUCGGCUGCAUUCAUGUAUAAUAUAGUAAGAAUGGAGUAAUAUUAACAAAUACAGGUAUAACAUAAAAAAACCUAAGAACUGAAAGAAUAAACAAGAGUGUGGUACAACAAUUAAAAUAAAAGGAUUCCUUAGUUUGUGUGCUGUACUCUGAUGUUUUUUAACAAGUCACUGACCAAUUUAAGGUGUGCACUGUUAAUAUGUCAGUAUUUGAAAUUAUAUUAGUUACGCAUGUGAAAGAUACAAGAUGUCAGAUGACUCCUGGUAUCCCAUUAGGAUUCAAUAUAUGGUGGUUUUAUGGGAAUAUGUGGAUACUUUAACUCAAAUUUAUCAAGCUAAGUACCACAUAUGGUAAAAGAAAGAUGAAGGCACAGAAAAAGAGUGUGUGUUUCUGUGUAUGUGUACGUUCAUUUAAAGAUUAAAUGUAAGAGUGCUUUUUUUAAUGAAUAUGUGGCCACUUGGUCUCAGUGUCAGAAUGAAACAAAAAUGUAGACACAAGAUAUGUGAAGAGUGAGCAGCAAUUUGUGUGUACAUCAGUGUGAGUCUUCAUAAGAAGUGUUAUGUGGGUAUUGUGGCUGCUGCAAAAAGAGUACAGGAUACAAAUGGAGGAAAAAGUGGAGAGAUUAUUGAGAAAGAAAGAAAGGAUUUGUGUACACACAGAUGUGUUUGGGGUGUAGAGGGUGUUACAUGCAUCUAUUUUGAAUUGUACCUCGAAGACAAAAUUCUGUUUGUACAAAUUUGUGUUUUUCUGUGUGUGAUUGUUCAUUUAGGAGCAUUGUGUGAGGUUUUGUAUGCAUGCAUAAAAAGACACAAGACAGAAAUGACAGAAGAAAGCAGGUACUUGGGGUUUUACAAGUAGUUGCAUGUGCUCAGAUGGAUGUGUGUGUGUUGAGUGUGUUCACUGAUGGAGUGGCUUUUAAUAACAACAAAAAAUAAUAAUAAAAAAUACAAACACUCAGAAAGUGACCGUGAAAUUGCAGCAGGAAGUUUGUGAGAGAAAAAGUGAGUGAGUUUCAAUUAAAGGAUGUAACGAGGAAUCUGGAGAGAAGCUUUCAAUGUUGGAAAUGCAUAAAAAAGAAAAAAUAGUGGACGCAUAAAUUGUUGUGUGUACAUAAAGUAUAUGUGAGUGUGUUUGCAGGCACUGUAAUUCUCUGCUUUUAAUGACUCUAUUCUUCAGAGGGGUCGAGGCGAUCCCCCUAUUUAUGCAACAUGACAGAGAGGUGACAUCACUUAGCAGGAGAGGAGGGACAGACAUGAUGUCACAGCCUCUCCACAUCCACAGGUCUGCACCCCUAGAACCACGGCAACCCUUACCGCCACGGUUACUGACACCUGAGACAGAGCCCCGGGUCAGAUUUACUCCUGACUCAUCGUCACUCGAGCUGACUCGUUUGACUCGGUCGGGGCUCUUUUUUCCUCUUUGGGCUGUUGUGUUUUCAAGUCCUCUUUUCGAUUCAUUUCAGCUCUGUUUGGCUCUUUCAUAUUGUAAUGGCGUCCUUUCAAGCGGGUCUAUGUCCAGUUUGUUUUGCUGUCAGGGGCUCAGAUGGAUGGAGGGGGCUGUAGGUUCAUGCGGAGGUGAGGUUAGAGAAGGCGGAGUGGUCGGACGGCCUCCUGAAGCCUACAUCCAUUGAGGGGACUUCUGACUCACACUGCUGCUGUCGCACUGACGGAGAAGAUUGAGUAUUUGGUGUGAGAGAAAGCUAAUGUGCUCUUAAAUGGGAAAUAGGUUAAUUUCACUGUGUGUGUUUGUGUGACAGUGUGUGCAUAUGUGUGUGUGUGUGUUAUGGGGGGUAAGAGAGUGAGAAAAAAGUGAAGCAGCUGUGUGGAACAGCAUGGAUCGUUACACAGAGACACACAUGAAAGCAUUAAGUAUAUUCAGGAGCCUUCGUUGAAUAUACAUGGAGCCAUGUGCAGCUUUGUAUGUUUGUGUGUGUGUGUGAGUGUGUGAGUAUCCUCUCCCAUGCUCUUGCCUGAACUGAGAGUAGUGAGGACAAAAAAAAGGAAAGAGCACUGGAGAGAGAGAGAGAAAGGGAGAGAGAGAGAGAGAAACAAAGAUCCGUCAUCAGUCAUUCAUGGCUAAUCAGUCUCGUGGGACGUGCACACCACACACACAAACACACACACACACACAUUUACAUUCACACAUUCAUGCACGCUGCUCUGAGGUCCUAAUCCUACUGGGACUGUUGUGCCUCUGUGUGUGCCUGUCUAAAUUUUGCAUCCGUGCUGAUUAGAAGCAAACUCUCCUUCAUUUUCUUUCAGUGCAUAUGUCUCUUUACUUUCACUGUGCCCUCUCUGUCUCUCUCUCUCUCUCUCUCUCUCCUCUCUCUCUCUCUCUCUCCCCUCCGAUUCUUCUUUUCUUCAUCUUUGAUUGCUGCUAAAGUGUCUCUUCUCCAUCUCUCUACUUUUCUCUUUUGUCUCUUUAAUAACCGCCUACUGUCUUUCCCGCUCGUUUUGAUGUGUGUUUUUGUAAUGCUUGGAAGAAUGUGUGCAUGCAUAAUAUAGAGACGUGUUAUGUGUGUGUGUGUGUGAAUCUUGGGAGUGUGUAUUUACUGCUGUCUUGGUGUGUGUGUUAGAGUUUGUAUGACUUGCUUCAUUAAAAUGUCUUAGUAUUUUUCUUGUCUGCUUUAUCUGCGCUUGCAUUUGUUUCAUUUCUGUCUGUUUGCCUUAAACCAAAUAAGCUCUUGCAUGGCUGUUAAUUUUAUUGCCAAAGCUAAAUUAUUAAGAACAUCACUGAAUAUGACUACAAUGGAUUUCACUUCUCAUAUCCAAAGCAACACAUUCAUAUAUGAAGCAUGGGGAGUUGUUACUCUGAUUUUAUAAUUUUUAUGACAUUAUCUUACUGUAAUUUGAUGCUCUUUUAGUGUAAAAAAAACAGACGCUUAGCAGUACUGUAAUGGGUCUUAAAGCAAAUUUUGGGGGUUUCCCUCUUAUCCUGAAGAGAAGCGCAGAAUUUGUUUGCACAGACUUAAACAUGCAACCCUAACAGAUUAUUUUAAACGGACAAUUUAUGCAGUGCAAACCAGCCAAUGAACAAAUACAUGGACAACAGAUGACACUAGUGGCACAUUGAAUCAAACAGCAGCGCUCUGAUAAACAUCAAAAACAGCUUUACACUAUAUGUAGAUUUGUUGAUAAGUUUAUAACACAGCCAAAACAGAAGCAUGGAGGCGUAAUUAUGCCCACACAUCAUGGCUGACCCUGAUGUAGUUACAUACAAACCCCAACUUUUAUCAUCAUUAGCAUGGCGGCCAAAUUUAACCACAGACACUCAGUAUGUGCAUAUUUCUAAACAAACAGGAAGUAUUAAUUAAUUCCUGUUAAUUAAAAUUCAAUAUAUGGGAUUAAAUGAGAAAAUUCACAGCAAGCAGGUGGGCGAGGGUAAUGUUUUAUAUCAUGCUCUUGGUGCAAAUUGGUGCUAUUGAUAGAGCAACAUAUAGCAGGGUUUAUAAAAGCAUAAAGGCUGAAGGAGCAUCAUUUUAAAAGAUAGGAAGAGCAGAGAUGUCCUCACAUCCAUCAGAUUGCAUGUAAAAGCAUUAACAUAAACACAGUCACUCUCAUUAGCCAAUGUCUCGUUUAGUUUGCCUGACGUCCUGUUGUUAAUGUUACACCGAAGCUUCCAAACCUUCCACUGAUAUCAUGUUUUGCUUCCUGAGACUCAAUCUCACCUCGACCCUCAUCCGACAGGGAAAAAUUCAACCAAUAAGGGAGAUGAGGAAUCAGGCCACUUUGAGAAACUUGGGUCAGAGCUCCUGAAUUAAAAAAAAAACUGUUCAGGUGUGUUUGCGUUUAUGUUUAGCAUUCAUACAUAGAGUGAAGGUUUUAUUUUGAAGUGCAAAAACACUCUCCUGAGCUUUAGGAGGAUAAUCAAUUACUUCUGUGUCUGAAUGUAAUGCCAAAUUAUUACACACUCUUGUUCACAAUUUCAAUUCCAUCAAACUUCCCAUAAUUUUUCUUAAAUCACAGCCUGUCUUUUAAAAUAAUGUGGUAUUCUUUCAGCUGUUUUUGUUUUUAGCUGAUUUGAUCUUAUUCCCUUUUCUUAACCAAUGGUAAAACUAAAAUGAUAAAAUGGGACCAAACUAAAUGCUUCUUUCUUGAUUGCUCCAUCCAAAAUUCAAUCACUUUGUCAGGUGAAAACACAAAAAACUUGCCAGUUUCAGUUCCUCAAAUGGGAAAUAUGAAGCCUCUGUCGUUUUUUUUAUAUUAUUGACAAUAGAAAAUCUUUUCAGUGUCAGUUUGAAAAGCACUAAAUCUGAAAACAUCACCUCAGGGCUUUGGAAAUUUUGAGGAGCAGCUUUGCGCUUCUUUUUUUGUUGUUUCAUUUUUAAAUCAUUAACUAAAUAAUUAAGAAUACAACAAGAAGAUUUAUAGAGAAAAAUAAUUGCUUGAUGCAGCUCUAAUAUCCUUAUUCCUCUCCUCCAUGAGCCAGUUCUAUUUGGAUUAUUUCCCUUUCCUCUCCUCUCUCCCUCCUCUUUAUUUCCUCUCUGUGGAUCUCUCCAAUAAUCUUUUAUUCCUGUGUAAAUAUUACAGCAAUGAGGGAAUAUAAAGAAUGGAAAAGCCAUGCUGAAAUAAGGUCACACUGGGUUAUUCUCACCUGCUUUCUCUCUCUUUAUAUACAUCUCUCUCUCUCCCUCCCUCUCCCUCUCUCCUCCUCCUCUGCUGGCUCUCUCGUGUUCGCUGUCUGCUGAUCCCGCUAUUCUCUCUUGUCUCACACACACAUACACACACACACACAGGCACACGCUGACUGUCUGACGCCCACACACACACACACACACUUACUGUACAUACACACACACAUUUCCACACGCUGACACCUGCAUGUCGAGCCGUUGAGGGUCUAAUUUAAGUAAAGUGCUUCUCUAGGAACCACAACCCCUCAGCUCACGAUGAUGGAGGGUGAUACACAGCGGCGUGGUUCAACACACACACACAUUGACACAGUUAUACAUAGACGCACACACACAUCCUGCUCCAGUCAUACAGAGAUGUGUUUCUACGCUGUGUGGGAUUGAAGGAAGCGCUGUGGAUGGCUUCUACAACACACACUGUGGUUGGAAAUUUACUUUUCCCAGCUGAGAGGGUUGCUAGUAAGAUUCAGUGUCUUGCUCAAGGACACUCCAGCAGGUUGCAUGCUUGAUAUGGAUACAGCUAAACAUGGGUCUGCUGCUGGAUGUUGUUCUCUGUGCAGUAACCGCCCUGCUGCUUCGCUACUGCUGCGUAGGUGUGUUUGUUUCCACUGGAGUUUGAGCUAACUUUAGCUGAAGCUGCAGCGCUGCUCCAAAUCUGAGGCCAGAUCUGAAACCUUCACGGAAAUAAAUAGCGUGAGGGGUUUCAGUUUUGAAAAAUGAAUUCCUUUAUAAAAAUGAGUCAAAUUAAGCCAUAAUAAGUAUAUACUGCCUGGUUUAUGUCAUUUGUAUUAGUAAGAAAGUAGAAAAACAAAUUUUUUGAAAGCUAACUUUAAGAUGACUAAAAUAUGUAAAAUGUCUGUAGUUGAAAACACUUUUGAAACAUGAUAAUGCCAGUUAUUAAAAAAACAGUCAAAACUGGCUUUGUCUCCUAAGCAUGAGGUGUUCACUCACUGCUAUUUCAAAUUCUCAUCUCAUCUCUUGUAAAGAAGGGAAAUACAGUAUUUCUGAGUUCAAGUGAGGAUGAAUUAGAUCUGUUGAGAGCCAUUUUCACUUAUCACUGUCUGUCAGACACUGAAGUCUAUUCAAUUUAGUCUCUUCUAUAUAAAACACUGAUGCAGUUGUCCCCAAUACCCCCACCUGCCAGUCAACACAGGCAUGCCUCAUAGAAUUUUAAAAUUAAGUGUAAAUCCUAGCCUUUGAAUUGUCUCAGCAGCUGGAAUAUAAAUUAACAACCACACACUGUAUCAAUUAGGGGUGGGAGAAAAAAAUCGAUACAGCAUAGUAUUGCGAUAUUUUGUCUGGUGAUAUAUCGUAUCGUCUCAUUUACCAAGUAUGGAUUUUUUUUAAAUUUAUUGCUUAUGUAAAGUCAAAUAUGAAAAUGGACAAAUAAAAUCAACUGUUUGACCAGUGAGGUUGGCAGAGUUGACAUCAUAAAGCAGUUAGUACAACAAAUAUAUAUAAGGUUUGCAAGAUUUGUUACACGAGAAUGAAAUACAGUGUAAAUAAGACAAACAUAAAGGAAAGCCAAAUGCAAAAUUAGCUAAACAGUUAAAAAAAUGUAUGAAUUGCAAGAUAUUGUAUCGCAAUACUCACUGUAUUGCAAAAUAUUGUAUCGUGGCCCAAGUAUCGUGAUAAUAUCGUACCGUGGCCCGAGUAUCGUUAUAAUAUCAUCACGUUUGGGCCACUAGUGAACAACUGAGAACAAUUUUUGUACCAGGAUGCAAAUAUUUGCUUUGUAAAAUUGAGCAUAGGACCAAAUUUUUUAGCUUUCGUAGCCCACCACAAGUGGACAAGUGAGAAACUGCAGUUUUCUGCACUUAGGCGAUUUCUAGCAUCACAGAUCUGCUGCUUGGUCAUCAAUUUUUACAACACUCUGAGAUAAUUUACAUUCAUAGCCAGAGAAAAACUGUAUAUACCUGUGCAGUCUUGUAUUGUUCUGCAGGGAAUAUUACAACUGCUGUCUUCCGAUCACUAAACCUUCUUGUUCACAUCACGCAGCACAUUAAUGGCCUCAAAUAGGCUUUCUUUUGUGAAAACAGAUUGAAAUGAUGUCUUUGAGUAAACUUGAUUCCCUGUACGACAAUGAAAUGAUUAUGAAAAAUACCCCUAAAAUCGCCCAUUUUGUCCCCCUUGCAGCACUAUAAUAAAUCUGAAAAUUAUGAAUCAAACUUGUGUUUGUUGACAAUAUUUAAAUACAAUGACAGUCAAAUCAUUGAAAACUGGUUUACAUUAAGUCAUAGUGAAGAUUUUAUAGGGUUCUACCAGUUUUCAAUAUUGACACACCUUUAGUGAUCACUGACUCCACAAAUUUUCCACCUUUAUCAUAGAGACUACGUUUUCUACCACUUUACAGGCACAGAAAACAAACUAUGAGAAUAACGCUAAUGUAUCAUCAGUUUGUAUGUUGUAGUUGCUGUAACACGAUACAAAGUAAAUUAAAAAAAGCAGCCAAGCACAAGCCAAAACAAAGACUGCAACUUCAUUCCGUUUUGUGUGUGCCCAUAGACUGUAUAUAAGAUAUCUUAUAUAUCUUAUAUAUAAUAUCUUAUAUACAGUCUAUGUGUGUGCCACACAAACAAACUCAUGUACGGCCCCAGUUCAGAGUUCCCAAAAAUCCGUGCCUGUUUCCCCAAAGUGCCACAAUUCAGUCCAAUCCAGUUCAUCAACAGAAAAAACACACAGCUCAACAGAUCCGCUCCGGGUUUUACCUUGGACCACACAGCAAAACCAAGAAACGCUUUCUGUAAUACUAGGUUACUGAUGAACAACAAUCAAACCGCGAACACAGAGAGUCUGUACUCACGGUACCGGGGUUCCCUCAGUCAGACAGGUCUGCAGCGACGACUUUUGCUCCUCUGAGGCCGGUAAACUCUGUCGAGAUACACUCCGUUGAGUCAAUAUCUCCCGACUCGGUGAUAUUGGCAACACACUCCUCACCGGACCGUUCCUCCUCCUGAUACCGGAAGUUAUGCUCCAGAUCUUUAAUGCGCGAGCACAAACAGGUGAGCAAAGUUACGCCUGUAGUUGCUGUUCUUUGGACUGCUGCAGAUUGGUGGCUCUGAGAUCUGUUUGUUGUUUUUUUUCACCAGAGGUUGGGUUCAGAUUUCGCGGUUUUUUUGAAAGUUGUGAUUGGAUUAUUAGAUAUUUGUGGGCGUGCCCUGUGGUUAACAUGAACAGCGGGCCUGCUGGAAAGGGGGCGGGGAAAACGGACGCUGGUCGUUCACCUGUUAGGACUUAAUACACCCAUUGAGGAGGCCUAAACUUCAUGUAAGCAAAGCCCUUUAAGCGCCUGAGGUUGUGAAACUGAAUAAUUUUUGGCCAGAGAACAAUGAGGAGUAUAUUUCUGCUUCCCUAUGUGUGUUGCCAAAUACGGAAGAAGCUGCUACCAGCUGGAUUAACACAACGCAGCCUAAUAAUGAUUUCUAAAUAUUUGCUGUGAGUAAGUCUCAUGUUCAGUUUCUGUUACUUUAUUUAAUAGACUGCAUUGAAGAUAAAUGUUCUCCUAUCGAUGCCACUUCUCAGAAGAAGGGUCAGCCUAUAGCCAAUGAGACCAUUUACUUUAUAUCAGACUGUAUGUGUUUAUUUCUACUGUGAUGUUGGCAAUGUCAUGAAGUCUAAUCUGAAUUCUUUGGCUUUUAAAGCUGUCUUUAAGUGGACACCCUGGGAAGUGCAGUUUUUUUACACUCCCACAUAACACUCAACGCAGUUUUCUUUGUGAAAUUUGUGAAAGUCGAUGUAUGUUUGUAAGCUGGCUCUGUGCUUAACAGUGUCAUGGCGUCACUUUUCAGUGGUUAUGAGAAGAAAUGCGGUGAAAAUAUAAGAACCACAGUCGUUGCAUGUCAAGCUGGACGUCCAGAUCUGUUUUUAUUUCUUGGUUUCUGUCAUGAGGAUUAUGUUUGGCUCAUUAACUGCUGAAUCUGAAAAAUAUUAUCAAUGUAGUGUAAGGUGUAAUAUGGUAUCAAAAAGCAGUAUAUGUAGAUAAGUGUUGAUUGUGUAAGUCAUGUAGAAUUACAUGUGUACCUGGUUAGUUUGUAUGUAACUUCUUGGUUGCUGUUACUCUCACAAAUGUAAGCCAUGCGCACACACACAUCACGCAAAAAUGAAGUUUGGCCUUUACUGCAGGCUUUCCUGAAAUAUCAGCCACCUUAUGCUUUUAAUUAGCCUGACUGUGUGUGUGUGUGUGUGUGUGUGUGUGUGUGUGUGUGUGUGUGUGUGUGUGUGUGUGUGUGUGUGUGUGUGUGUGUGAUUCUGACCCAGGCAGCAGCACCGCUCUUGUAUGACCUCGUUUCCCCAAAUUCCUCCUGUUUUCUUAAGUAAAACAUGGAAAAACUUACUCCGACAACCACCAGCCCCCCUCCCUCCUUCCUGCUUCCUAAGAAUCCUGCAUGUGCUGUGAGUUUUGGCUCUCCGUGACCAAAUAUGGUCCUUCCUGCUGAUGUGGGUGUGCAUGUGGGUGGGUGUGUCAGGUCCAAAAAGUCUGUGGUCAAGUACAGGAACUUUUUCCUUUUCACUUACAGUUUACUGCUGGGGCAAGUUCUAGUCCACUGAUGGGAAAUAACAAGAUUUAUUUUUUUAUUUUAAGACUCGGCUGACACGAGGUGCAAUGUUGCACAUUUUCUUCCCUGUCCUUUUUUUGUAAUGCAUUUGCUGUCUUUGCAGAUAGCGUGCAUUUUAACAUCCUUCCAGGCUUUUGAUGGUAUAAACGCACAAGUGUAGGUGCAGUAAGAUUGGCAUGUAACUCCAGUAGCUUUGUGCAUGCAGAGAGAUGGUAGUAGAGCGUGUGUGUGUGUGUGUGUGUGUGUGUGUGUGUGUGUGUGUGUGUGUGGAUGGUGGGGCUCUGGUCCGCAGCUUGGGAGUCAGGCUUUGAGCUGUGCUGUUCAUAGUCUGCUGAUUUAUGCGGCUCACAGGGAAAUCUCUCAUUUGUAGCUCUUUCAUCUCAUUUUUCCCCUCCACUCUUUCUCUCUCUCCUUCUCUGUCCUCUCUCUCUCUUCUUCCCGCCGUAAUGUGAUUCAGUGCAGCCGCUCAUCCCAGGCGACAUGCCAUGCUUUGCUCGCACACCCUGCUCUCUCUAACAUGAAUGAGUCAAUUGAUGAAUAAUAAGAUAGAGCAGAAGGAAAAUGCUAUCUGGAUCUAGUCGAGCAAAAGGACUCCUUUUCUCCCCCUGAACGUUUUCUUUGUAAGCACCGCUCGGCCGCUUACUCACACUUUCAAUGUGUUUGUGUCCCCAGUGCCAUAAUGCUUUUACGGACCUUUGUGUGCAUCUGUGUGUGUGUGUGAGUGUUUAUAUGUGUGUGUCUGAGCGCCUUCCACCACCGCCUUGUUUGAGUAGCCCUGUCACUUGUGCAAUUCAGUGGUGUCAAAACAGAUCAGAAAGGUCUGGCUUGACUCCUGCCCCUACACACACACACACACACUUUCUCUCUCUCUCUCUCUCUCACACACACACACACACACACACACACACACACAGGAGUACACACAUAAGUAUACGCACUCCCUCUCUCUCUCAAACACACACAUGCACGCACACACUCACACACACACACUCAAUGAGACACACAGAUUGAAGGCUCGGUGCCAGGGCCCUUGGUGGUUGGAGGCUUAUGAAAGGGUCGGACUGACGAGAGGUUGCCAAGUGUACGGCAAUAAGCGUAACAGCCAAGCUAACGAGAGUCAGAACCUCUGACACACACUCACACACACACGCAGGCACACACACUUACACACCCACAUGCACGCAGACACACUCCGAGAUUGCACUGUCAGGCUCUCUCAGUAGUCACCAGCAGCAGCAGAGUCCUGAAAAGAGAAAAUUUGUGUGUGUGUGUUUGUGUGUGUGUGGCUAAGUUCAGUAUAUCAGUGUGUGGACAGAGGCUUUUGUUAAUUGGCAAAUGUGACAAUGGAACACGAGAGCAUAUUGAUCUUCAAUCGGAUGCAGAUCGAUUGAACUCGUCAUCCUUCUAGGUGUGUGUGUGUGUGUGUAUGGGUGUGUGUAUGUGUGUGUGUCUAUGUUUGAAUUAAUCAGUAGUCCAUUCAGAGAACUGCAGCAAACAAUAUCACACCGUUAGAAUUUUUUGAUCCCAUUGCUUUCUCAUUUUAAUCUCAUUUCUACUGUAUCCCUCCUCGCCCUCCCUUUCUUUCCUUCUUCCUCCUCCCUUUCUUCCUCCCCUUCCUCCUCCCUUUCUCUCUUCAGGGCAGUGAAAAACCUUGGGGAGGAUCUGGCCUCUUAUCUGUGUCUCUGUUUCUUUUCACUUUAGAUUUCUGCCGAGAAUGAACUCACAAACCUGGAGAUUUUUACAGACACGUUUUCUGACACCCUUGCUCGCACUCUACAUACUAUUAACAGACAAGUUCAGAGCUGUUGUGAUCCAAGAAUAAUAAGAUUACCUUGAUUUUCUACUCCUUUUUUUUUAAACCUGUAUAAACAUCUGCACUACACUUCUGAAAAUUUCUAAAAGAUUUUCUGGUUGUGAAGGUAACAGCUGACUCUACCUGAUUUUUUCUUCCUGCUGGCAAGAAGAAAAAUGUCCCUAAGUUGUUUUGCUGAGUCGAUGUGUGAGCAGUGAGCGCAGCAGAUAAAAGUUCAGAAAGUGAACAGUGGUGAUGACAAUUGUUGCUUAAUUCCUGUUUUUUUCCCCACUCUUUCUACAACUGUGAAUGGGUCCAAUAAUACACAAAGGCAAUACCUUGUCAACAUCACACCCUGACCAUUUCAGUAUCCUGUGAACAUUGCACAAAAAAGUCAGAUGUGUGAAACAUGACGAAUCUCAAAACAUGUAGCACUUCUUGUAAAAUUUAGGCUAACUGAAAUCAUUUUUAACCUUAAAUAUUCCUCCUCUUUCAUAGGUUUUGUUUCAAUCAUCCCUUAAAGCUGCAAAAGUUUGACAGUUUUCCCUGUUAAAAGCUCCACUCUGUGAAGAAUUCCACAUUUUUAUGCCUUUUUUGGGAUAUUCCUGCCGCUUUGACUGUGAAACAUCUCUGUAAAAUGGCGUCUCAGAAGCUCCGGCUGUUAAAAGUCUGAAGCGCUGACACCAAAUCCUGACGUUUAUACUGUUGAGUCUCCAGAUUUGCUGCUAUCAAACUCUCUCUCUGGAAACACGACGACAUCCCUAAAUGUAUGUUUGGCCCCGUUAUCCAUGAGAAUACCAAAAAUAUGCCAAGUAGCGAAACCUGCCCAGAAAAGCAAGGCACGUUUCCAGUGCUUGCUUUCUUUUUUAAAAAAAAAGAGUGUUUAAGUGUUUUUGAGUGGAUUUCCCCCACAGCAAAUCACAUUACAGUCAAUCAUGAAUAAACUAAAGCAGAUUUCACUCACUGUAAGUACAGCUGACUGUAUUAGCGUGAAUAGAAAGUCAUAAUUUGGAUUUUUAUUACCUUGGAUUGUCAACAUUGGAGGAUUCGCUGCCUGUGUGUUGACACACUUUUCCAAGUCCUGAUGCCAACUGGGAAAAAAUGGGAGGCAUACGAGCACAUUUUCUACUUUAAUUACCACUAUGGAGACUGAAUGGGGCUGUUGUCUCAGACAGCAGCCUGUAUUGAUGGUAAAUAACAUAUGCAUAUGUAGAAAUAAGCUGCAUAAUCAUGAAGUCAGCUGGGUCAGGGGUGAAUUUUUGACAACCAUAAUGCAGAAAAUCAAACUCACUGAUGAGUCGAGUCAGUUUGUUGUUUGUUUGUUUUCUCUUUCCUUUGAUUCAUCUCAUGAAAUGUUGGUAAUUUGUGUGUUUGCAUUCAUCGUUUCUGUGUCUAAGGAUGUAACAGCGACAGAUGGAAAGGGAAUGUGUGGAGCGGGAUAAAACAAAGGCGGAAAUAGAGGGCAGGAAAAGAAGACAAGGAGGAAAAACUACAAAAAAAUUCAGGGACAGAAAUAAGGUUUACGUUAGCAGCUGGCCUCUCUGAGAUGGUUUUCCAUAUCAGCCGGCCAGAGGGAGCGGACAAAUAUGAUUUUCUCUUCGAAUCGCCAACAGAAAACAGACAGCGAGGGGCGGGAGAGGAGGUGACAGGAAAGAGGAGGAAAGGAAAGGAAUUUCUAAAUGGAAAAAAGAUGGGGAAAUUGGGGGGAAGGGUGGAGAUUUAAGAACAGCUGUGGGACAAAAAUCGACGAGGAAUUCAAAGCAUUUAUAUCUUUAACUGGCUUAUCAAUAUCACUUUUGUUUGAAAUCAGUGUAACUAAUUUUCUAGAUGUCUUCUUCAAUAGGAGUCAACUUUUACAGCCUGUUUGAGACACUUUAAGAUGCUGGAGUAAUUUGAAAAAUGCAUGGCUGCUCAGCUGAAAAUGGCUUUUUUUUUUCUAUUGUCUGGUACAGUGAGCUCAGUGUGUGUGUGCGUGCAUGUGUGUGUGUGUGUGUUUCAGACUUGAUGUGUGUGAGAGUCUGCACUGCCAGGGGGGCUUGUGAAACCAGCCUGAGUCGUGUAUGAGCUGUGUUUUAUUAUGACUGGCUGAAAGGCCACUGAUCCAACGUCGAACAAGAGGAGAGGAUUUAGAGUAAAAAAAGAAGAAGGAGUACUGUAAAAAUAUCCUGUCUGAGAAAUAGAGGGAGUGAGAGAAAGACGGAUAAAAAGAGGGAAAAUAAAUGUCUAGAAGGGAACGUUCUGGACGAUCUUUUUUUUUUUUUUUACUUCCUCGAAAUUUAUUAUGACUGCCGAGAGUGAAAAUAUCAGAGGCAGAAGAUUGAGAGAUCUCUUCUUUUUGAUGCUUUAGAUCCAGCUGUAUAAACACACAUGCACGCGCACACACACACACAGAGUUUUGUGAUCCAUCUUUUAAUACCCCCCCGCCCCACGCUUCAUCUUAUUCUCUUGUGUGUGUGUGUGUGCGUGUAUGUGUGUAUGUGUGUGACAGAUUGGCAGGCAGUUGAAGGUCCUUGUGGUUGUGGUUGUUAGGGCGUCGGGUCGUGGUUGAAAUAAGGGUAACGCACAUGUGUGUAUUUGUGUGUGUGUAUUUGUCUGUGUGUGUGUGUGUGUGUGUGAGUCAAAUACAGACUAUUGUGGUUGUGGUAAUUGUCUCUGAUGCGAGGCGGCAUUUAUGGGGAACGAGUCAACCCACCACCUCUUUCUCUCUCUUUUUCUCUCUCCGUCUCUCUCUCUCCCUCCAUCCAGUGACUAAUUACCUGGCUCCCCGUGGAUUUGUUUCCUCCUUCCCCUACAACUGUUCGGGUUGUUCUGCUAAAUGAGAGCACGCUGAUAAGUGGAGAAACGUUCAAGCAGAGCCAAACUGAAGCGUGUGUGUGUGUGCUCACAGGAUGACACCGAACAUCUUAGUUAAAGAGAUGGAACUACGCUUUCAUUCGUGGUUCCUUAUUGUAUCCCGGUGUAAUGUUUGUGGAUGGUUUGGUGGUUAAAAAAAAACAUAAGGGCGUGAGAAGUUUAAAAAAAGUGCUGAAAGUCAGGAAAAGAUGCUGUGUAUUCUAACAGCCCCGAACUCUCUCUCUCUCUGUCUUGCAUCUUUAAGAGGACAUUUUUCUCCUUUCCCUUUUUACUCCAAAUCCUUAAUUCUUAUUUAAGUGGCCUUUCAGCCAGUCAUAAUAAACACAGCUCAUAAAAAACACAAGCUCUCAGGAAGAAAACGUUCUCCUCGUGAAAAAGUGAGCAAUUAAUUUGGUCAUCUUUGGCACAUCAUAUCACUAACCCGAGCCUGAGUUUGAAGGCUUUGUAAAGUCCUCAUGGCAGCAUUCAUUCUGCCUUCAUUAUAUUUAUCAUGAUACUAAACAAGGAGGUAUGAUAGUAAUGCCACAGAGUCAUCUACCUGGAGCAGACGCAUAAGUUUCUCAACGGCUUUAAGACCAUGCAGGUCCAGAUAUUUAUUCAUUCUGGCUUGAUCGUGCUUUAUGUUUGACACAAUAGCUGAAUUCUUGCGCUGAUGUAGAGGAGGCAUUGGUUUCAGCGCUGUUUUGUGUCACAUUUUGAAGAUGAAUAUGUCCAGGGCCUUGUGGUUUUUCUCAGUGAAGUGUUUGCAAACAACAAUUGACACAUGCAUCGAGGCUGAAAAAGAAACCGUAGACAUUGUCAAGGAUAUCGAGCAGAUGUACACACGGAGAGUUUUGAAAUAAGACAGUUCAAACUAAAAAAAAGUGAAGUGAGCAGAUAGCUGUUAUGUUGUCCAGAUUUGGCGUCUCUGACUUCUUCUUCUGUGGUGUUGCUUGCAUAUUUUCACUUCAUUCCACCUCCCACACAAAAGCGCAGUGACACCCCUAACCUCCAGCCUCUGUCUCCCUCAGGUGCUUCCUUCAUGGGUUCCUUCCUGGCCAGCAGUCUGGGGUCCCCGCCCUCCCACCCUUCUCACCCCUCGGGACCUGCUGCCUCCCCUUCUUCCCCCUCCUACAGGGCUGGACCCCAUUCGAGGGCUUCCCCUAUCUGGUUCCCCCAUUCACAUGAAGGUAAGACACACACACAGACAGACACACACACACACACACAUGCAGGAUGCACCGCCGAGUGCUCGGGUCUCUGGUUAAUCCAGGGUCUUGGUUUGGGAUUAGAUCGAGAUGGAGCCAUUAAGUGGUUUAACCAACGCUGAGCUGAGGCCAAACACACGCAGCAGUGAUGCCUCAGAUGAUGCUACUUAUAGAAACACACCCACACACACUCAACACACACGUCUGCAUGUGUACGUAUGUGUGUGUCAGCAAGCAUGUGGCUUUGUUUUUGUGGUUGUUUUCUUUUUCAGACCUCAAGAAGUGCAUUGCUUUUUAAAACAGGUGCAGGACAAAAACCUACCGCUUCCUUUUCCUCUCACCUAACCUGUAAACGCACAAACACACACAGACACACACACAAGCACCAUUAUGCAGGGGAAAAAAACAAAACAACAAACUCUAGUAAUGCAACAACCCACUCCGGCAUCUGUGAAUCUCUACCCCUCCACUCACUCACUCAUCUCAGACGCCGACUCUCUUUCAGAGAGAGUUUUAAGUUUCAUGAGCUCCUGCACUCCCCCUUUAUACACACAAUACAAACACACACACACACACACACACACACACUCACAUGUACACAUAUGGGAGCACAGACUGAAACUUACCCCCAUUUCCACCAUCCUCUCCCUCUUCACAGCCCCCACCCCCUCUGACCGCAGCCCCACCCUCAGGGCCCCUUCUGGGCUAACCGACCUCCAACGGCCCCCUUCCUGAUCAGACACACACACGCACACAAAAAUGUGCGCAUCCACACGCAUCAUGUCCUCUUUCGACUGUUAACCGUUUGUGGUCAGAAAAUGAGCUUAACUUAGUUAUCUGUCCCUUUCAGGUAGGUGUGUGCUCAGAAUUGCACGUGCAUGUGUGCGUUUUGUGUCUGUGUGCGUGUGCAGAAGAGGAUUUCUCGUCUGACAGCAAGACGGGUCUAUAGAGAUAACCCCCGAAAAGACAGAAACAGCUUCCGCCACAGGCUGUAUUUCUCAACUAACUGAAAACGGUCAGAAACAGAAUUUCACGUCUCACCAGUUUUUCACAAAAUGUGAGACAAAAUCACACGUGAGACUGUUGUGUCGAAGGAAUGAGACGGAAACAAGCCAGACUUCUUGUGUACAUUGAUAACAGACAUAAUAAUAUUUCCAUGUGAUGCAGUGUGAUGUAGCGUCUCACUCUAGGUCGAGCUGUCACACUCAAUAUAAGCACAGCUGUGAUUUGGUAAUAGGUAUAAGGUAAAGCUGUGCUUAUGUUUACUGCAACAACACAACCAGAAGUGUGAUAUUGUAACAGCAUAUAGAAGGUUUUUUUGUUUGUAAGGUGUUUUGUAGUCUUUAUGUGUUAAGACAGCUUGAAAGAUGCAGGAUGUGUGGGGACAGGAUGGAGGAUGACACACAUCAACCCUGUAUGUACUGUUAAAUGAUCCUAUAACCAGUGUGUGAUUUAAGCUUUCAUACAUGAGGCACCUUCUCUACCUACUGAGCCAAACUGAAGCCCCCAGCAUACAGACGUUAACAUCUAUAAGCAACAACAGAUUAUCAUUCAUCAUUCAUUCAAUUAUUCGUAGACCAACAACUUCUUGUCAUGUGCAUAAACCUGUAUACUGUGAACACAGUAGAGGCACCUGAGGCAGUGUGAUACAUUUAGUGGCUGUUGUUAUUGUUGUACAGUGCUAUUUAGAGUAGGGCUGGGCGAUAAACCGAAAAUUUACCAAUACCGAAAUUUGCAACAAUAACCGGCAUCAUUUUGCCCAUGUCAAUAUAUACGAUGUCAAAAAAAUAAAUAAAUAAAUAAAAGUUGGUUUUGGAUGUGUGUAGUUAGGCUAUGGUCUCAUGUCCCUUUAAGACACUGUCCUACGUCAGAGACAUGACUCCACCCCAUCCAGUCCGUAAAAAAAAAGGAAACACAGGUGAGUAGUUGUAGCGGCAGCUGAAGUAGACGAAGUUAAUGUGUGAGGAGGUGAGCAGCUUGUGGAGCAGUUAUCGUCAAUUUAUCAUGAUCGAUGUGAACUGCUCAAUAUAUCGUGUUAUUGAUUUGAGACCAAAUCACCCAUCCCUAGUAUAGAGGGUGACCGAUUUCAGUUUUUCAAAGGCCAAUGCUGAAACAGUUUACGUGAGAGCAGGUUGGAUGAUAUAUCAAUGUUGUACUUGUUGAUUUUAUGACAAAAAACAACAAAUCAUUGAUACUAAAAAAUGAGAAACAAAAUAGAUAGACUACAGUGACUUCUUUUGUCAAAGAAAUGUAGUCAGAAAAACUUUUCCUCAGUAGAGGGACUUUGGAGAAAGGAAACAGUUAUAUGGUAAAUAUUUGGGUAUGAAUUAAAAAAGAAAGUCAUGUUUGAAUUUGAUAUGCUGUCAUUGGUGAUGGGGAAAUUGUGUUUUUAUUUGAGGAAAUAAACUGGUGAUCAUGAGGGCUGAUACAGAUAUGAUGCUGAUUAUGUCAAGUUAUAAAUCAAUCUAUCACUACUGCUGUUGAUAGUGCUCCCAUCCAAUCUCAGUAUUGUGUCAAAUCAGUGACUGUUUAUUGAAAGGACUCUGCACCGCCACGCUGUUCUGAAUUGUGAAGCCAAAAUACCAAAGUCCACAGGAGCUCACAAAACCAAAGCAUACUGAAAAUGCGGAGCUUUAACACGUCGUCACAGAGAAACGACAUGUGUUAUCAAUAGAUUAAUUAAUAAUUCACAGUUCAUAGCGACUUUCAGCAUCCUGCCGGUGUGGGACGUGACAUGAACACUUAUGUGAAGCAUGUUUCUGCUACAACAGAAAAAAAAGAUGCUAACUGUGCAGCACGGGCUCUAUAGUCUAACUUGCAACCCCUGGGCUUGAUGCUUUUUUAAAUAUAUUUUCAGUUCUGAAGUUCUGAGCUGUAAAAUUGUUAGUGCUCUAAACAAAAACUGACCUUUUUUACCCAAAAGCAAAUAAUAUUGAGUACAACCUUGUCUAAAGAGGCUGCUGUUAAUGAGACAGGUUUUUAAGUUUUAAUUCUUUUAGUUUAAACCUAUCAUGACUUGUUUAUGAAGAGGACACAUCUGAAUUCAACUUGUACCUCUUACUUGUGUAGUGAAGACACUUCUACUCCACAGGCUAAAUUUGUGAAUUAAGCUCAUAACACAUUCUUACGAGGGAAAUCUCUUCUGAUGCAGCUUUAAAGCUUGAAAGGAGACACGAGUUUUGUUUGUACAACUGCCUCAUUUACAGCUCAUCCGGCGAUAAAUAGCAACAGUUAAGCCCUGAAAAUGAGCACUAAUGUCGCCCGAAGUGACUGCCUUAAAUCAGAUUCAUAGAAGGAGUCGAGGGCAGGGCUUCAAUGUGAGAACGAGAAUGAGCAGCAUCAGGGAAAAAGGGAGCAAGACUGUGUGUGUGCGGAGGGAGAGUGUGUGUCUAUCAGACAGAUUUUGCAUCUGUGUGGCUAAGCUUUGAUGUCUGAACACACUCAAACACACACACAAAUAUAUACACUCACACGCACGCACACGCGCACGCACUACAAAUGAUUGUUUUUAAGAAUUCAAGCCAGGGAGCUCCAGUAGGCGGUCUGCCAGCUGGCUACGGUCCAGAGAGUGGAGCGUAGCCAGCAACAGAGAGAAGAAAACCUGGCUGACACACACACACACACACACACACACACACACACACACACACACACACACACACACAUUGUCACAGAUGAGACAUAUUCACGAGGAAAUGCACAGUUGUUUGAGAAGCAGCACAUAUUCCCCCGUGCACACAGUCUUCUUUCUUUUCCUCUUUCCCACUAUGUCUUUCUCACUCUUUCUCACACACCCCUAUCCCAUCACUCUCGCUCAGUCUCCCUUGUCCGCACCUGUCCUUGUUUUUUGUCCCCCCCAUGUGCUCUCACUCUUCUCCUUACCUCCCUCUUUCCUCUUUCCUCUCAUCUCAUCCAUCUCAAAGCUCUCCACUUCCCUUUCACUUCCUCCUUCAUCUUCAAUCCCUCCUCCAUCCCUCCCCUCUCCCUCCCUCCCUCAGACACACACACUCACUCUGCAACACAAACUCCCCUCUCCCCUCACCAUACGCCUCUUAGCAGCACCAGAUUGGGGGCUUUUCAUAUUGACAGCCCUAUUCCUCUGUUGUCCCCUUUACUUCUGUCUUUACAUCGUUUGUUCAAUCACUGACCUCCUUUACCUCUUUUUCCCUUCCUUCUCUCCUUUCCAUUUUCACCAUGUCCCACUGUCGUCUUUGUUCCCCUCUCCUCCCCCCUCUCCUCCCCUAUGAGUUUUAUCACUCAUCAUUACCCAGGGGAUUGGCUUUAGAUGGCUGAUAGAGCCUUUUGGCUAAUUGUCGCCAUUUAGAUUCACUGGUUGUUAACCAGUCAGAGUAAUCACAUGCACACACACACACACUCACACUCACAGGAGUGUGCAAAUUCUGCAUUUACAUUGCAGCAUGCACACACUGAGUCUCAUGCACACACACAUGCUGGGAGCAGUGAGGGGGUGUUGGUGGUUUUGCAGUGCGACUGUGGAAUGCGUAGGAUGAGUUUUUAUGGAGUGCUGUUUACUUUGGCCACCACCGUUAAACUUUUAACGGCUGCCAAUUAACGGGCCGGCAAGGACACUCUGUGGGGCAUGAAACCAGCUGCUGGUUACACACACACACACACACACACACAAAAUCCAAGCCUUUUGGCCCCUUAAUGUGGACUUGUGUGCCUCCUAUGUUGUGUCUUUGCAGAAAUAAUUGUGUGUACAUCUGUGAUGGUUUUGCUGAGCCCCCCCCCCAUAACACCCCCUCUCAACCACCACACACACAUACACACACACUGACCCUCACCCAUCUCUACAUCAAUCCGCCCCCUUCAACACAACCACCAAAACCUCCUCUAUCCCACGGUGCAGUUCAAUGUCCUUGAAGACAAGGAACAGAGUGGAACAACCAUUCACCUCCCCGUGACCUCCUGGGAGGACUGUAUGUGUGUGUGUGUGUGUGUGUGUGUGUGUGUGUGUGUGUGUGUGUGUGUGUGUGUGUGUGUGUGUGUGUGUGUGUGUGUGUGUGUGUGUGUGUGUGUGUGUUUUGAGAAGGGGGGUUGCGAUGCUUCACACUAUUUGUCUUGGGUUUGGGAAAAUGUGUUUAGUAGAAGAGCAAAUUCCAUCAGGUUAAAAGCUGCAAACACUUGGCAGUAGCUGUCGGCUGUGGUUUUUGUCACCACUUUGUCCACUGUAAAUAAUGUCAACUCAUGUGGCGUGUUUUUGCAAAAAGCGCAUUUAUGGCGAAAGUAGCACAAACUGGCCAUAUUUUCUCUCUGUUUUCCUAAAAUGGCCCCGUUUCAUGAUAGAUCGUCGAGAUAAACUGUUUGUUUAGAGGGCUGCUGAAUGUCAGCGCUGCGGAGAAACAUCAAUUCUUCCUCUCUCUCCCUCCCUCUGACAGGGUACCCCGGCUAUUCAGGAAGUCUUGCUUCUCCUUUUCUCCCCAUGAGUCCCUUGGAUCACCAUAGCAACGGUCUCUACGGACCGCACCGCUUCUAUGAAACUCAAAAAGGUAGGUGUUGGUGUGUGAAAAAGCCUCAUAUACUCUUGAAACUGCCUCAUCAGCACUCACCACAGGAGUAAGAACAGCUGGUAACCCAAGAUUGAGUUUCCUCUUCCUUCAUACAUCAUAGAAAAACUCUUGAAUGUAGUCUUGUUGGUAAAACUGUCAAAAAAGUAAUGAUUUUAACACUUACUCUGCAGCUAGGUUGGAACUCUACAAACUUCAAACUUAAGUUGCGUUUCCAUCAAGGUGUAUGUUUCAGUCUAGUACGGUACGGUACGGUACGACAUGGGGCGACUGUACAAGGCUGGACCAAACUGUACCAAUCCAAACUGGACCACUUUGUGAGACACAGCAUUAAGUAACCAAUUUAAGCCCUCUCCUUUCUUUUCCCAGAUCACUUCUACCUGCGAGGUCUUCCUCCACAGCCCCCUUUACUUUCCACCAGUCACAGCCUUCCUCCGCUCUCCAGGACAGCCCCGGGCCACCCACUUGGCUCCUGCAGCCGAGAGACAGACAAUGGGGGAGUAGGAGGCGGGAAGAGCACCAAGGAUGUAGCAGAGAAAGGAGCGUCGAGCGUGUCGAAGAUGAAGGAGCGUUCAAGCAGCAAGGAGCGGCACCAGGAGAGCAAAGACAAACAACAUCAGCUCCACCAUCACCAUCUUCAUCAGACAAACUCUGCCACCACUCCAUCCGGACUCAGCCACCAAGCCUACACUCACCCACACCAUGGUCUCCUUCCUCACCUCACACCACAGAGUAGGGAAGAGGAGCAGAGACACCCUCUGGAGCGUCACAAGGACUACAGAGACAGUGACUCAGGCAAUCAGGAGACAAAACAUAUGAGUUCCUGUAAACUGUCGGGUGGUUCAGGUGUAGAGACUGGCUCUGGAGGUAAGGGGGGAGCGCUAAGUAGUUGCAGUGGUGGAGGAGUGGGAAGACCUCCAUCUGGGGGUGGAAGGCGAUGCUCUAAGGAUGGACCCAUUAAUGGGGAGAUGAGAAUCAGCGAAUCCUCAUCUUCCUCGAAUGAAUGUAUGAGAAGAGGUGCAACUGCAGUUACAGGCAUACUGGCACCUCCAUCAACGCACUCUUUGCCCUCUUACUCUAUGCCUCCCCCUCCCCCACCUCCUCCCCAUGCCUUGCACAUGGGCUCUGCGGUCGGGGGAGGAUGGCUACACCCUGCACACCAUCAUGCCCACCCUGAUUUUUAUUGUCCUCCAGCUCCUCUUACACUGACACCCUCCAAAGAUCCAGUGUCCACUGCUGGAGGGUCCACUCGUGAGGGAAAAGUCAUCGGCCCGACUUACGUUCCCUCUGUGGGCCCAGUGGGAGACCUGGCAACAACCGACUGUCGAGGAGCAGGAGGAGGUGGGGGAAAGGGAAAUGACAAGAGUGGAGAGGGAUCGUAUGAAAGUCCCUCUAAUCAUCUCAGUAGACUCAGCAGUUGCCAAAAGAAAGACAAAUCCCAGACACACCAGCAGCAGCUGGGAUACGGCAAAGCAGACAAACCUCCAGACUGGAGCCAACAGACACAGCAUGUCCACAAAUCCAACUCCAAUAUGAGCUCUCAGCCUGAACUGCGGUCCUGCAGCAGAGACACAUCUUCGUCCUACAGAGAUGUGGAGGUUGUGGACGAUGUGUACCGUCCAUCAAUCCCUCUUGAUGGGCAAGGGACACACACUGGUGCAGGACAGGGUACAACCAAAAAUGGCCCUGACACAAGCACUCCUCCCUUUAGGGACUGUUCCAAUUCAGGUGCUCAAUCUGAUGGGAGGGUGGGAUCAGGGGUAUCUGCUCAAAGAGAGGGGCAGAAGGUUGCACGGAUACGGCAUCAGCAGCAUGGAACGAGCACAGAAGAGAGGGUAAGAGAGGGAGGUCCAACAGCAUCUUCAUGGGGGGCACGAGGAGGCUACCAAGAGGACCAGAGAAAAAGCUCCCACCAUGCAACAGACAUCAGUGACGAAGCAAGAGGGCUUAACAGCAGAGCUCCAAACAGUGACCACAACCAAACCCAUUCUCAACCCCAUCCUCUUCAAUCCCGCUCCUCCACUCAUGCCACGGAGGAUGACGGCAGCGCCAUGAAAAAUCUGAUGAACUACAGCUCCCAGCAGCCUUUGCUCCUGCCACAGCGGGGCCCCUUUGGGGGUCUAGGCUGCCUCAAACAGGGUGGAGAGAGAUCAGAGAAGGGGGACAGAGGAGGGGCUAAAAGCAACACCUCCCCACAAGAAUCUCCCAAACAGUCACUCCCUCCUCGCCGAGGCUCCACUAACGAGGGAGAGAGGGGUGACAGAGGCGGUAAAGAGGCAGGGGAAGCAGGCGAGGGGGAGGUGCGACAGCCUCCUGUGGGUAUUGCAGUAGCUGUAGCCAGGCCCCCUCAUCGUUCCCCAGACAACACCCCUGGACACAGCAGACAGGGCAGGGUGCUGCCCAGCAUGAAAGGUCAGACAUCAUAUAUGUUCAUUUCACUGAGUGAAGUUAAGCUUCUCCUGUGCUCACAGAUUUAUUCAAAGAAAGAAUUAACACUCAUCUCAUUUUUUACUCUCAAUUUUUAAGAGAGUCUUUAAGCGUCUAAGGCUUUGACAUUGAAUCCUAAACAGUAUACUCCGCAAGGAUUAUUGACUGGGAAACAGUAAACCAUUGUGUUUUGCAAUGACAUGAUUGACACGUAACACAGGGUUAAAAAUUUCCAAAAUGGUGUAGUUAGACUGGUCUACCUCAAUAUGUGUCCAGCUUGCUGUGCACUUUAGCUGGUUCACCAUGCACCAUCUUCUUGGAUGGUGACACAAUAAGACAUACCUCUCUGCAUUUAUAAUGGUAAAUUGGUUGCACAGGUAUAAUGGAUGCUUCUCACUUUUAAGAUGAAAAAAGGAAUUAAACGUGUGUCUCACACACUAAAUUUUACAGUAUUUACAAUAUCUGUCUUAGCUUUGACAGUUUACAUCAUAGUUACUGUUUGAAUAACAACCCAAUAAGUUACUGUAUGUUUUUGUCUUUUUAGAUGUAAAAAAAGAGAGAAUGCAUCUUUACAAAUCAAAGUGUCAAGUACCAAGAGUAGAAAAGUUACAGUUGAGUCCAUUUUGGUAGUUUUAACAGAAGUACCACUUUGAACAGAGCAAAUACUCUCUUACAGUCCAAAAUAAUGUCAGUCCACCUGGGGUGGCCAAUUAGAUUCAGUGGGGGCAUGCCACCACAGACCAAACAUCAGACACACCCCUGUCAACAAAUGUUAAGUUCCUGUAGUGCAGUGAUCAGUAAAAUAUAACAUCCAUAUGACUUUAUGGGUAGAGUUUUCAUGAAGUAUUACUACUAGUUUUUGUUUUUAUUGGUGUAUGAUAGUAUUUGUAAUUGUGUUUAGGGGUGUCACGUCCUGUGUAUCCUCUUGGUCGAGAGGCAGAGGAGAGGAAGAGGAUGACAGAGGAGCAGAUCAGCCUUCAUCACUUGGACCGAGACAGAGAGAUGAUCAUCAGGUACACUAAUACUCACAAACACUUACCCAUAAAAACACAUACAGACACACAUAGACACACAUACAUAGCAGCAUCUUUUUAUUCUUUCUCUCAUCUGAUAAGCUGCCCGUCUUUUAUUCUCUCUCACACUGAGGCUCUUCUUCCCCUCUCUCCCUCUCUCUCAUCCCCUCUCUCCAUUUACUCUCCUCACCCUUUGAUGUGGUAUUUCUGUUCCCCUCAUUCUCUCUCUCCCUCUCUCUCUCACUUUCUCUCUAAGACGAGAUGCGGUGCAUUAAUGUUACAGGCGCUAAUACAGAUGUCUCUGAUGUAGCUGGCUCUUAUUAUGUAGUCAUAUUAGGGGAGAAAACAUAUAAUGAUUACUCAUAGACCGGGCUCAAGAUGAUGGCUGUUCCCAUUGCCAUCAUAUUUCCUUUUCUUGAUGGUCAUAAUGGUAGUGGUGGUAAUGAAGAUGACAAGGAUGAAGAUAAUGAUCGUAAUGAUGGUGAUGGUGAUGAUGACAAUGAGAGGGAUAAUCAAGAUAAUGACAAAGUUCACCCGCCUAUCGCCACUACAGGGAUAAUAAGGAUCGCGUGGAGUUUGCCAGAAUUCACCCCUCUAGUAGUUGCCACGGUGACCUGACCUCUCACCUUUUGGUUCCUGGAGGGGCCAGUCAGUUGGGGGCGGAUCCUGCUGUGCAUGCUCACCCAGCUCACCACCACUGGAUGCAGAGGACAGGGAGUCCCUCUCUCUGGAUGGGACAUUCAUAUGGUGGGUGGAUUGGAAGAUUGUAUGGAUUUAAUUCAAACGUUACGCUCUAACCGUCUCCAUAUGUUAUUUGAUCAUGGGAUACUUGCUUGGAUUUAAUAUUGAGUCUAUUUUUGUUUGUUUUAGUCUUAAAUUUCUGUUCCUCCAUAGACCUUUGUCUUAAACUUCUAAGGAAUGUUGUCUGGAGGCAAUCCGAGUGUUGAAAAAGGAAGUAAAUGGACAAGUGUAAAAAGUAUCAUUCCUUGAAUUUCCAUUUCAAGCUGGCUCCAAAAGCCAAGUACCCAUUUUAGAGCCAAUAUUAAAAUCAUAGACUAAAGAAAGCAUGGACGUAGCUUCUGUGACUUUACCCCUCCCUGUCUGUAGAAGCAUUUCAAGCUCCAACUAUGUCAACUAUCAUAUUAAACGUGCUGACUUCAGAUCAGUCUAGAAACAGGCAAAGGGGUGGAGCUUUUUUUGUCACUCACCCACAUACCCACUUGUGCAGAACUCCAGUGUCCCCUGGACUGGCCAACUUUUUAUUUAAAUGCUACCCUUAUUUGACUGGAUCAGAUGUGUUUCUUGAUUUCAGGUCUGAGUCAUGUCGGAAUGACCCCCGGCUUCCCUCCAGGUCUGCCCAGCCCCCUGCAGCCCGUCCUGGGGUCACUCACCCAAGACCCUAACUCCCCUCUGGUGGUUCUUCCGACUGAAGCUGGGCCUCAUCACCCUCUUGGUAAGUAAGGCAGCCGCUCACAACAAGACCACUCACACACACACACACGCAGCAGAGCACACACUCAUAGCUUUCUUCACCGCUCUCCGCCUUUUCUCUCCAUUUGUACCAUCAGAGCUGCUGCCAUUUCUCUCCCAGAGUUUUAGUAUCAUUGGCUAAUCAUAAUAUAAUGCUCAACUAAGUCCCUCUGUCAGUGGGACCGUGUUUUAUAGCUUCGUUAAUGGGAGCAGCUAUUCCAUCGCCCCCUCCCCAUGUGCCCAGCGUUAUGCAAACCAUUUGAACUGCUGUUCGUCUCUUCUGUGGCGAGCGCUGGUGGGUUUGGACUGGACUUUGUGUGUGUAAAAAGUGUAUGUGUGGUCAUCUUUAGUUAGCUGUGUUCAUGUCUGGAACAACAUGAGACAUGGCUCAGUGUUAGGGGUUGUGUUGCACAUCUCAGAUAUUUCAAGAGAGAGAAAGGAGUGUGAGUGUGUUUGUGUGAGAGUGUGUCAACGCUGCUUUGCAAACAGGCUGUGAAAUUUAAUUAUCUCCCGCCUCCCUCUCUCGCCUCGCUCCGUGGGAGUUCCUGCGGAGAGGGGAAGUGCAUCCACUGAACCCUUCCCCUGGGAAACAUUAGCCCACUCAGGCUAAUCUCACAGAACAAAGGUUCCCAGCGACAAGGCAGCCAAGGAGGGAUGUGUGGAUGUGUGUGUGUUUGUGUUUAGCUAUGUGUGUAACUAAAGUCAUAUAUGGCUAGGGUUGGGCUUAAAGAGAAUGUGUAUUUCCAGAGAUCACUGUCAUUACGCAUAAAAAGAGAACAAACUCUGCCAGAUUCACAUGUAUUAAAAGUUGCAGUUCUCACUGACACAAAAGGCCAAAACACGCCUUCAUUCUUCUGUCUAUAUCUCUGUUUUUACUCUAGACGUCCUGGAGCAGUCAGGUCUUUGGCCCCCUGUAUACGGAGGCAGAGGCCCUCCCUCCCACCUGCAGCAUCAUCCUGUCUACUCCCGUUCCUCGUUCCUACGGCAACAGGAGCUUUAUGCCCUGCAGCAUCAGCACCAGCAGCAGCAGCGGGCCAUGGAGCACAUGCAGCGGCACUCUUUAGGACAGGUAAAAUCAUCUCGACUGUAACUGAUUCCUAUUCAGAGAUAGGUUGCAUUUUAUUAACAAGUUAUGAAAUACUGUUAAGAUAUUAUUGUGAAAGCAAAGCACAAAAGGAGAAGUGUUGAAAUAUUGGGAAUUUGUACAUCAAUCUGUCUUCCUUGUUUUGUGUAGUUAGAAAAAAAACAAGAGAUGAUAUGUUUGACUGUGUACAGAAAGUCUGAUUUCACAAUGCCGAAAAAGAGUGCUCGCAAAAUCACACAGAGCAGAAAAUUCUGAAGGCAUGAAGUUCAUCAGUAUGUUGGCAACAGGCUUCAGUAAAAGGCUUGGUGUGGGGCUUCUACUCUAUCUAAUGCCAGAUUAUUUGGUGAUCAAACAAUGACGCUGACUCAAGCCACAUUUCCACAGAAAGUACACAAAGAGCUGCUUUUUUAAAGGCCUGAAGUUCCUCUUGCUAAUAUUUUUCUCCUGUCAGGAUUUUAAUUUGCAUAACCACAUUUUCUAUUUAAUAUAACCCAGCACCAACUAAAGAAAUAAACAAGUCAACAUAAAAUAUUGAUUUGUUUUAACGAUAAAAAAAUAGCCCAGUUGCUGUCACAUCUGCCCAUUAAGUAUCAUCAUUUACUGACUCAAGUCCAGCCUGAAACAACCAACUAACUCUUUUGCCACAGUGUCAUCAGGCAGAAGUGAAACGUACUGAUUGAUUUGAUAAAAUGUGUAGGAUCAGGUUGUUUCUGGUGUUACUUUUUGCUUUUGAGAUUUAAUUACCAUUAUUAUGGGGGAUUCGACCAAUCAGAAUCAAGUCUUUUUACCUAGUAGACCACCAGAAUGGUUCGUGUUCGAAGAAGCUUACCAUCAUUCUGCCUCUCCUACAGAGAAAACACGAGGAGCAUGCCAUCACUAUAGAGGACACUCCACAUGAAUCUUCAGCAUCCAGGACUCCAUCCUCCUCUUCAUCCACCACCUCCUCUCAUGUUGCCAAACCCUUCUCUCACACGCCCCCUCCACCCAAAACGCCCACGCCGUCUCCCGGGAUGUGUCCCAGCAGCCGUCAGUCGCCCUGCUACCACUCCCCGUCCAGGCGAUCGCAUCCGCCAAACCCCCUCACCCCUGCACCGAGCCCAGCUGCAGCGGCACCGCGCUCCCCUGCACUCAGCCCUGCUCCAUCACACCUGUCCAAAGGCCUGGAGAGGGGGAGUGAGAGGGGGGAGGGGCAGCCACCUCAGGACUACCCACAAUCUCUUGAACCAGGUCAGUUCAUUAAUUUCUUCAUAUAUAGAAGAGUUUUGUCUGCAGUUUGAACACCAAAGACAGAAAAACAGGAGAGGGAGGGACCAGGGAUAGACAAAAAUGCAGAGAUGAAGUGAGAGAGAAAAGAAGACGACGAGAGAUUGAGGGUGCUGCUGGUCUUUGAAGCGUGGUAUUCUUUUGAUUUUGCAGAAAUUGUUUGAAGCAUGGCUGAUCCCUCGCUCUGUGCGUCCUUGAGUGUGUGUGUGUAUGUGCGUGCAAUUUUUAUCUGCACAAGCUAAAGAGGGACAGCGCGCAGGUCAGUCAUUAAGGUCACAGAAAGCAUAUGGGCACUCAGUGUAUGUGUGCGAGUGUGUGACCUGCCAGCGUUCCCAUGUGUGUCACAAGAGGAAGGUCAGUGAAAUCUUCAGACAGACCCUCCUUAUCCUUCAGAAGGUCCUUGAGAAGUACAGGCGGAAGAAUACGCAUUCAUCUGGCUGUGUUGUCUGGGGGCGGAGGGAUACCAUCAAUAAUAAGAGCGCGAGGGUGACAGGGCCGACGCUGCAAUCACAGGAGAACGGCAGGGUGUCAUCAAUAUAGGACAAAGAUCUAUACACUCACUCACACACACGCACGCACACACGCACGCACUGUACACACAGGCACCCUACUGUCAGUUUAUUAUGCCAACUGUAAUGGUGUGCUUCAUCCUGUCUGCCUGAAUAGAAUAGCAAUGAAUUUUAAAAGCCUGACUUAAAGAGUUCAGGAUCUAUUUCCUGAGGACACAUCUUUGAGCAGAACUUUGUCAACAUUUUAUGAUUAUUUAACCUUUAUUUUCUUUUUCCUCUUUAGAUCUGCCACCUGUUUACACCUAUCCUCCAAUCACCAUGGGUUACAAAGCCGGGCCCUCACUUCCUGAGGCUCGAUUGGCUGAGGCCACAGUGGAGGCGGAGCCAGCCCAGCCUGACUCUAAGCCCCUCCCACAUCCGUGCCACAUCCAGCCUCUCUCCAAAAAGGAGGAGAGAAGGGAGGAAGAGGAUAAGAGAGACUGUGAAGCGGUGGAAUCCCAGAGCGGAGUUUCAGAAGAAGAGAAGGAAGAAAGGACGCUAGAAGUGAAAGGAUGCUCCUUCCCUGAGCCUGAGAGCAGGAUUUCUGGAUUGUCGCCAUGCCCUUCCCCCACUCCGCUCCCUCCCACAGAUCAAGCCUGCCUGGCCACAGCCACAGGCAAAGCCCUAAAAGUAGCACUCUCUCUGGGUUGCCCGGGCCAGAAGGCCGGCCUGGAGGAGCCCCAACUAUCCAAAGAGCAGGAGGAUGACAGUAGUGAUGGAAAAGAGGACAUGGAGGAGGAGAAAACAGGGCCUGAACCAACAGAAUGUAAAGUGUCUGUGCCUGUAGAAGAGGAGGAGAGGGAGAGGGAGGAGGAUGGAGAGAAUGUGGAGGUGGUCGAGGAUGUGGAGGAAGAGAAGGGCAGUGAGAUGAGUCCAGUGGAGGAUUUAGUGAAGCUCACCAGUGACUCUCCUGCUCCCUCUACUUCCUCGAACCUCGACCUUCCUCCCUCAUUGAGCUCAGCGGCUCAGCUCCAGGGUGCCUACAUGUGGAGCCUGGAGCUCCUGAUUGCUGCAGCUCUGUGCGCCACCAGAGAUGCCUUGUACCCACCUGCACCUGCUGCUCAGGCCCCUAGCCCCCCACCUCACCAUGGUAUGGAGAUACUGGGAGAACUGGCAGAACUGGAGAUCCAACAGAGAAGCAGGGACAGCAGAGAGAAAGGCACUGAGGGUGAGUUUGUUAAAAAUGUUUGCUUAUCCUCUUUCUGAGGCCUUCAUUCUGUCAAUAAAGCAGGAGUGGGAUCUGCUCUGAUUAUAUUCUGCAGCGUUUUUACCAAAUUUUAAAUUGAACUCAUAAAAACCCAGACAUUUUGGACAGUUUUUACUUAAAACAUGGAAUUUGGAGUAAAAAUGUAAUCAGAAAGCUUUUAAAAAUCACAUCAAGGAUCAAACACUACAUCUCUCUUGCCUAAAUAAACACAUACACACUUACAGCAAACCACAAAAAAAGCAUGUCUGGGAGACAGAUGUGGAGACACACACAAAUGCGCACACUCUUUUCCCUGCUUACUAUCCUGUUUCCUUUUUCAGCUUAGACUUGGGACUUUUGUUUUUUUUACCUCAGGGAUAGGUGUGUGUGUGUGUGAGUGUUGAGGGGGACCCAUAGAUGGACAAACAUGCUGAGCUUCAGACACAAGCCUGGACACACAAACAUACACACACACAUGCACAUACACACACUUUCAGCCACAUUCAGCCACACUCUGCCCGUCGUGUCCCUCAGGCUCUGGCGUCUUGCUUUGCUAAUUAGACCCUUUCCUUUAAAACACUUCUCCUGUAAGCGCUCCUAUUUUCCUCUCGUCCCUCUGAGAGAAAGUGUUUUUAUUUAUGCCAGCAUCUGUGUGUGUUCGCUCGCCUGCGUUUGUGUGCGUGCAUGCACGGCCGGCGAGUGUGUGUGUAAGCUGUUAAGUAAUCCCAGAUGAAUCCCUGCUCUCCUCCAUCAGUGUCUAUGUGUCUCUCCAGCAGGCUGCCUGCUCCCUGCCUGCGCCUCCUCCCGCCUCUCCUCCUCCCUCUUUGUUAUUUUUCCCCCUCACCUGCUUCUCCUUCUUCUUUUAUUUAUUUAUUAAACCAAUGUAAUCUUGUGUGUAAAUCCUGCCUCUGCAAGCCUUGUUGACGGAAUUAAUAAGUGUAAAAAUCAUAAGUCGCCCUGCAUGUGUGUGUGAGCGUGCAUUUGUUUACAUGUGUGCGCACGUGGUUAGCAUGUGUAAUAGGUGUGAAAUCAAUAAGUCCUGUCCUGGCGUGGAAAACGUUCUCUAAAUUGCAACACAUUUAUUUAAAAAUGCGCUCCGGCCUCGCUGCAUGGAACGUUAUUAAUACAGCUGAUGGCGUUUUUUGUCGUCUUGAAUGUGUUUGGGAGAUGAAACCGAUCCCAGACAGAUGCAUUUAUGCCGCUCCUUGACGCGGAAGGAUAUCUCAGCCGCUCCUCUGAGAUUGCAAUUACAGAUUAAGGAAUCAAGAGAGACAGCCCCCUCCUGUAUGAAUUAGCACCAUUACUUCUACUUACACACAGGCAGUGGGGCUGGUUUUUGUCAUCACUGCUUUUAUUCCCUCACAUUUCCUUUAUAUUAAAAUUUCAGCUCAAUAAACUUUCUUAAUGGCCUCUAAUGAUGACUACACCCAUAUGAACUGUAAUGGUUUUUAAUUUUCCUCCCUGUUUUUGUUUUUCCCCUUCAAACUCCCUGCGCUGCCUCUCAUUACACCCCCCUGUGUGGUGUUAUUACUGUGUGGCGGAAGGUACGUAUCGAUUGCGGCCAUUCCCCAGGAUACUAAACUAGGCGUAGUGAUGUCAGCGGUGAUGUCAUCCUGUCAGGGUAACCAGAGUGUGCCAUUGGCUCAGGGGGUCUGACAGAUGAGAUGGUGUUGACCUCUGCCAGCCGGGACAGGACAAAGACACAUCUCUCAGCUCCAUACCGCUUGCUUUUUCUUGCCAUUUUCACAUCUAUUUGUUCUCUCCUUCACACCCUCGUUUUUUUUUUCUUUUCACUCCAUCCUUCCCGCUUUUUUCUCUUCUUCUCUGCUUGCUGUAGUUCGGUCCCCAUCCCUCACACACUCUCUCAUAUGGGUUUUAAUCAUGUCAGAUGUCAGAGAAGGCCUUGCAGCUCUAGUGCAUAGAGACAGUGAUCCAGUAAAAUGUCUCCUCCCCUUUUUCCUUUCCUUUCCUCCUUUCUUUUCCUCUCCUCUCCUCUCCUUGGAGGGGAAAUUGGAUUCUGUCCAUGUCCAUAAUGAGGAGAUGUAGGAGAAUAAAUAGAUAGCUCAAUAAACACUUUGCCUCUUAUUGCUUCUCCUCCCUUUAGCUCCCCCCCUCCCCUCUCUUCUUGCACACCUCUUCUUCCUCCUCCCUCUUCUUCUGCCGGUUGCUCUCCUUCUCUCCAUUUCUUCCUCACACACACUCUUGCAUUUUGCUCAUGUCUGCGCAGCUCAGCAAAAAUAUUCUAGGUUCACAUAUGUGUGUGUUCAGAAUGUCGUAUUUGCAUAGGUGUGUGUUUGUGUGUGUGUACAGUCUCAUGAAUAUUCUGUUUCAUCCACCGCCGCCGCUGUGACAAUGACAGAGUUAAUGACAGUGACAGAUGUAGAGAUCGUUCUUCAACGCUCCCCCCUGUAUGUGUGUGCGUCUGUGUGUGUGUUUGUGCGUACGAUUAAGCAGCAACACAAGUAUACAUCAAAUAAACUACGCACCUAAUAUCAUAAAUAUCACCACUUUUCAAGGCGCCAUUUCAUCGCCCCACGAAUAAAUCUGUUCUGCUCACAACAUACUUUACAACAGCGUGUCAGCCGCUGUGAGACGCGCCAAUCAAAACCUUGAAUGAUCCCUCUGCCCUCACAGGUGAAGACAUGCUGACCUUUGACCUCCACAGUCUGGCAACGCUGGCAGCAGCCCGUGCCUUGGAAAUGGGGGGAGGGGCCAUGGAUGUAGGCACAAACCAGCAGUGCCCAAUCAGGAAAAGGCUGAACCUGCGUAGGAAGUGCAGCUGGACGCCUCGCCAUGAGCCGGUGAGGCUUUAUUCCGAGCGUGUUUGUGUUCAGCAAACAAAGUACUCAUGGAAAAAGGAUGGAGAUGGACGAUAAAUAAAUAAUUUUUUUACUUUAGGAACCUUUACUUUCCAAUCCGUUUCCGAACAUUUAAUUUUAAAUCGCUAAAGUUAGUACAUGUUAUAAAACUUGAAUGUUUAUUUCCCUCUCUUAUUAAAUCAGUUUAUCACAACGGUUCCUAAAUGGCCCACCAUGGGAGAUCUCUGCAAACCUUUUCUUUGUCAUUUUAAUGCAGUUGGUUGACAUACAUAAAAAUCUGCAAAGAUCAAACUCAUCAGCCUCCUGUAAAAAAAAAAAAAAAAAAAGAAUCCAUCAAAUAAAUUCAAUGAGCUGCCCCAAACACAAGCUGGCCUCUUAACAUAUGCAAUGAGUGUUGUACAACUCCGUCUGCAAAGCAUUGAAAUUCCCCUGCCUUUUGUUUUUGUGUAUGUGCGUGUGUGUGUGUUUUCUCUGUGUGUGUGUCAGGUGUGCCCAGUGAAGGGCUCCAUGGAGACGAUGGGAGGGGAGGAGCUGGCCAUGCGUGUCCAGCUGGCUGAGCUACAGCGCCGCUACAAAGAGAAACAGAGGGAACUGGCCAAGCUACAGAGGAAACACGACCACCAGUGAGCACACACACAUACACACACAUGCACGCGCACACUCACACACACACUUCCUUUUGUCUAGAUCGAGGUGUGCAUUCCAGCAUUCACUUUUUUUGCCGUGAUGCUGCAUCCUCCUGAUUUAUCAGGACUCGCAGCCUGCUCAUUCUUAAUGCAGUUUGACCUGCAGCCGAUACAGGCUUCCUUCUGCUGUCCGGACUUCAUCUUUGAUCCUUCUCUCCUUCCUCCUCCUCCUCCACCUCCCUCCUACUUGUCUUCCUCUCUGCAGGAAAGAGGAGACGACUCGUAGCCCUGCCCGCCGGGGGCCUGGCCGCCCCCGCAAACGCAAGUCCACCCCCGGCCCAGCUGCUGCGGAGAGCCCCAAAAGACUCCGGUCAGUGCUGUGAUACGGCGUCAGUAUAAUCAGUGUGAUUGGCGGGCCCCGCUCAUUCAUCCUGAUUUCUGUUUGUGUUCUUAGUCAAAGGCACGGCUGAUUUUCAAGAAGUUCUUCUUCAGCUGAAUUGAUUUAAAUGCUCUAUAGCAGAUGAUUUGCUUGAUUGGGCACUGGAAGGAGCUGCUCGCACACGCUCACAUGCACACUUACACACUCGCACAAUCGGUUUAUGUGACAGGAGCUGUAAGGUUGGUGUGAUUUUGAGAGAAGCUAAUGGAGAUGAGGCCUUCAUUAAUCAUCAUUAAUCACUUCUAAUCAUAUUUAUCACUUGCAUUGAUUACGUCCUGAUUCUGUGUGAACCUGCAGCAUACAUUAACACAGGCAGACAAAGUCCUGAUGUACAGUUAUUACAGUGAUAAACGACCCAACACCACCCCUCCCCCCCUGCUGCAACACACACUACACUGUUUAACACCUCAGACAUGCACACUUUGAUGAUGACACACAUUCCUACACACACACUGAAGACACACACACACAGAUACACACAGCCAGUGUUCAACACUUCUAAUGAUAAAUGUGUUUUCUCAUGCUGCCCCACCUCUGUUAGCAUGUGCCCCCCUCGCCUUGAUAAAAUGAUUAGAGAAACUCAAGGUUUGUCACGGCUACCGUGAUUAGAAAGCGCUAAUGAAAAUGACAAUGAAAGGCUCUAGUCAUACAUGCCUGUGCACCUAAAACACAGACUCUCACACACACACACAUGCGUGCAUGCAUUCGUACACACAAAAACUUGUUUAAUUAGUAGUGCUGGUCGCUACGUGCCAGAACAGCAUUUCUGUUGUUAUUAACAAGCGACGUAUGAUUUGUUUAUGCUUUCAUCUCCUCAUGAGAACUGUGGGCUGAGAUGAAUCAGAGAAAAUGAAUCCAUCUACAUGGAGCAGAAGAUUCCCCGUAUAUUCACACAUAUACAGUGUACUGCCAAAAAGUAUGGGAAUAUACUGUAUAUGUGACAGAGGGAGAGGGCUAAGAGUCAUGCUUCUAACCACACCUGUCAGAGGGGCAAAGUGCCAAUCCAACUGCUAAACUAUACUCAAAAAUGCCUCUAAUUAAGUUAAGUUACAAGAUAAUAUUACAUUAAUUACACAAAGGUUUGAUUUCAGAUGCUCAUUCACAGUUUACGGUUAUCUACAAAGUCUGCAGCUUCAGGUUCUGUCCGUUAUACAGGAUCUGUGAGCAAGUGACAAUAUGUUGGAUAUCACAUUUGUCAGCAGUAACCUGACACACAAUUCUAGUUUUUAUUCAAUUGUAUGAACAGGAGCUUAGGGUUCACUCUUAUGUAUCACCUCAUAGCUGUUUAACAAUUUCAACACGUGGACAAGGGAGAUGUUGUUAAAAACCCUUAAUCAUAAUGCUCAGGCUACAUCUGAAGCCCAUGAAAGUUAGCCAUCACUCCUAGAGGUUAAAUUGGCUUUGAAUAAUAGUGGACGGUGUCUGAAUGUGCACAGUUAGUAAUGCAUGUCAUCAAAAUGAAUUUUUUUGUUUGUCUCAGCAAGCAGACAAAUGUGGCAGAGAGGUGUUUUCAGAAAGAGGCAUUAUUUUUCUUCCUAUUUGUGUGACAAAGUUUUGUUAACAUCUACCGGAAACAGAAACAUUUAUGAAGGCAGUUCUGUUUCCUAAAACCAAGAGUGUGUUACAAUGGAUGACCAGGCCUCGUCAGAGUUAGGACUUGUUGAAUCACUGGACAAGAUUUUUUUACAACUCAUUUCUCCUCGUAUUGUUCUUGUGAUUGUUGUACUAUUAUCUGUGAAAUGAUUCAAAAUGCACUUCAUUUAACACAAAUUGACUGUAUGUCAGUUUGACUGUGUGCAGAAUUAUUGUUUAUUAAAAAUGAGUGGGGUAAGGGUGAAAUAAGGGCUUUGGAAAAGCAAGCAAAGCCAUAAAAUAAAAAGAGUAAAUUCUUUACGUAUACUUUUGUAUGGGAGCAUUAUAUUGAAAGGACAGGGUUAACUGUUCCACCAAUAUUGUUAGUAGAUUAACAUGUUUUAAUUGCUCCAAAUAAGGUAAAGUUCAGGAUUUAGAAGCACCAAGAGCUAAAAUUUUCAGAAUAAUCUCCUCUCUUCUCUUCUCUUCUAUUCUCCUCUUUUCACCUCCUCUUUUCUCUCUUCUCCUCCUCUUUUCUCUUUUCACCUCCUCUUUACACACUCCUCCUCCUCUUUCCUCUCUUCUCCUCCUCUUUCCUCUCCCGGGAUUGGAGAUGCUGAGAGCCAAAGUCUCCCUCUGUGGGAAUAUAGGAUUCACCUGCUUCAGACACCAGCUGCUAACAGUGUGUGUGUGUGUGUGUGUGUGUGUGUGUGUGUGUGUGUGUGUGUGUGUGUGUGUGUGUGUGUGUGCGUGUGCGCGUGUGUAGGCUGCCUGUGGUGUGAGAGAGCAUGCAUACAACGAAGGAAUGACGGAGAGAGAUAGAGAGGGAAAGAGAGAGAGGAAGGGAGGAGUAGUGUUCAAUAGAGGUUAGUGUUUAUUGAUCGAGCCCUGAAGCUCCGGUCAACGGACAGACUCCCCCGAGACUGCUUCAUCUCUCCCUCUGUCUCUCCCCCAUCCCCCUCUACUCUUCUCCUCCUCCACCACUCUCUGUCUCUCUCUCUGUCUCUACUCCCCUCUCCUUCACACUGGAUAAUUCUCAUCCUUUCAUGUGAUGAGUUUCAUAUUCGCACGGACGCUUAAUAUUUCUGUGUUUGCCGUCAAACUGCUCAGACUGGCAGCUGGGCCUGUCAUCUGAGUUAUGAGAUAGAGAAAAAGAUCGGGAAGAGAGAGGGAGACAAUAAGAGAAUCCAGAGGAGAGGGGGAGACAAUAGGAGAAUCUAGGAGAGAGAGGGAGGAAAGGCUAAAGAAGAGAGCAAAGAGUUUAAGAAGAAAUUUUCUUUAAUUAGGAAAAAAACGUGUGAUCAGGUUGAUUCUGUGAACAAUUUCGUGUGUACUAAGUUCUCAUGUAAGUGUGGCUCUGCUGUGUUUUUAUAUCCCAGGACUGGCCUGACUUCACUGGAGGAAAAAACCAUGAAGAAAAUGUCCAAUCACGGCUUCAACAGCCUCAGCUCUGCACAGGUCGGUCUCUCUCACACACUGACAACCAUUUCCUGCUGCUAAUGUUAUUUCUUCUUUCCAGGAUAUUUCAAUUAACAGAAAGAAAUUAGUCAAUAAUUAGCUGUUCCGCUCCCUGUCGGUAGAUGAAAGCUCGCUGUAAGCACAGAGGUCGACCCAGCGCCCUGAGCUCCAGGCUGGCCAGACGGGUGACCCAGCUGAAGCAGAAAGCUGCAGCCCAGCGUGGUGCUUCAUCAGCAGGCGUGCUGCACUGCAGAGGGACCCCUGGUGAGGGGGACAGAUCUAAGAAUCACAGCAGACAAGGAAGAAAAGGUGGGAACAAAGGGAAAGUACGGUAUAAGCAGCACAUUGAUGUGGCUACAGUUUCCCUUUGACGUCUAGAUAAGGGAGGAAAAUUCUGUGAGAGAGACGAUCAUUUAGUUCUGCUUUAUUUAGUUUAAAGCUUCUGCGAGGACUCCUUAGCUGGUUUUAAAACAAACUGAAAUCCAUGCUGAUGGCUGAAUAUGAGCUACAGAAGCGUAUUGUAAUGUUUCAUGCCUACAACCAAUACCAUCAGGUGGUUGACAGGAAAAGCAAAAGUGAAGACAACCAUUGUUUUCAUUUAUUUCAAGAAAUAUUCACAGUGAGCGAUCCAUUUGACUGUAGAAAAAAACGAAGACUAAAAAUGUUGGUAAGGAAACAAGUCAUUGAAAACAACAUAUCUGACAACUCUACAGCCACUAUCAGACAACAACUAACGCUAGCAUGCAACUGCUUCUUAGCUAACGUCUCUUGUUUUUCAAAGUUUUAUAAUCAGCGUGCACCUUCUCUGUUGCAUCCUGCAACAUCCUCAAAAGGUUGAGUUAGAUAAGAGAUGAUUGAACACCAGUGGUAGCUGCUGCCUAGCUCCACACUGAUCAAAUAUGUUCUUUUACCCAACCACGUGUGUUGAAAAGAUAAGCCAAUGCAGACAUGCCAAAAAAAAUGCAAUUCCUUGAGCACCCACUUGGAUAGAGGUUCCAAAACUCCCAUUAAAGCCCAGUGCCAGAUUUUACAGUAGAAUUAAACAGCGGAUUUCUAGAUUAGCCAAAAUCUAGGUAGGCCUAAUGUGGCGAUGGUCAUCGUGAAUAUGCCAACGAUAAACACUUGUUGUUCUUUACCUAAAGCCAAUGAAACUGAUCUCUCUGUCUUUGGAUGUUUUUCCUGUAGACCUGCAGGGAAACUGGGACGCUGGUCCGACAGUAAAAAGGAAGAGGGGUCGAAAACCCAAGGUGCUGAUGGGAGUCAACACAAACGGAGCUCAACACAAGGACAGCCGUACCUCCGACAAACAGGAAGUGAGGGAGGAGAAGAGUGACAGCGUGAGCUCAGAGCACGGUGAGUGACACAGAGAGGCUUUCAGUGUUUUGUCUUGUGAAAUGGUCUACCAGCUAAACAAGGAAUCUUUGCUUUGAAAAGUAAGGUGUAAAACCUACUGAAACAGUUCUUUGACCCUUAAUUUGAUUAUGUUUUUUUAAAAGAAAUGUUAUCAAUGAGCCCAUAUGUGAAUGCAAAGCCUCAUAUUAUUUACUAUCUAUGCUAUCUAGAUAUAUUGAGCUAACAGCUGAUUGGCCAAAGAGUCAAAAAACAUCAACCGGACAUUGUGCAUUUUUACGACAAGUGCACGACCAUGUUUCUAUGUGUAUGUUAAGUGUCCAAAAGUGAGUUGUCUGCCGUCAUCAGGGGGGCCUCCUCUCACUUCCCAGCUCGUUUAUCAAACCGUUAAAAUCGUUAACGACUUGCCAAAGGCAUGCAACACAGUCACCCCAGCCCUUAAUGCCACAUGGUAACAUGAGCCGACUGUGGUCCCUGCGAGAAUGUCACACCCCUGUCCUCCAAACUCUUUCUACACCCCAACAUCAUUGAAAUUUGCUUCUUUAAAUGCUUGAAAAGACCAUCUGAUAUUAGAGAAACAAAUCUGCAGGUAAACCUAAGAAUCUGCCCGACCCUGCCGCCCUGAUCACACAGAGAAUUGGUUGGAUGUGUGUGUAUGUGUUUGUGUUGGUGUGUGACUGAGGCUAAGUGUUGACUAGAGCGCUGUGUAAGUGACAAGUGUGUCAGAGAUGUGUCGACACCCGACACGACCCCCGCAGUCAUCGACACACAGCUGCCAACAACCCGAUCAGCGCAUGCAAGCGCGUGUGUGUGUGUGUUUGCAUGUGUGUGUUUUUAUCCUGUGAUUGCAUUUAAGGAACAAUCAGUGCGGCCGCUCUUAAGGCAGGUUUGAUCCAAUCUACAGAGGGCCUUCAACAAUAUUUCACUAUUCCAUUUUUCAGUGAUGUUGAUUUAACCACAUGACUGUGAACUGACCUGUUCGAAGAAUAUUGAGAGCUAGGUGUCAAUACGUCUCAUCAAGGGAGUCCCUGUCUUUAGGUUGAGCAGUGUUUACAUUAAGCUCACCUGAAUCCCUCUGACUGAUCGUAUUGAUGUUAUGGCUCCACAGAGGAGGAGGAAGAGGAGGAGGAGGAGGAGGACGGCAGCUACAACAGUGAAGAUGGCUCUGGUGACAUUCAAAUCAGCUCGUCCUCUAAAGAUGCUUCUGCAAACCCUGCCAGGAUUACGGCGUUUUCAUCGCAGGCCUCCAAAGUCCAAGCAAACCAGAAAGCAAGGAAUAAGAGACCAGGACCUCUUGGUGAGAGCUCAAUAAGGGAUGCUGGGUAUCAUCAGCUCAGUAAAACAGCUGAAAAAGUUCUUAUAAGUAUCAGCAGAUUUGAAAACUUCUCCUGAAUUGUAUAACUGAUAAGGUGACACAAAAGUUUUACUCAUGAUGACAGCACAUGUGCUUUAACAAUAAGCUUCAACGUGACAGCUGUUUGGAGGUGUUACAAAUAGACAGCAUACACUGUUUUCUGGUAUUUACCAAUAAUCAGGAUUAACAUCAACUAUUCUGGGAAGUUUAAUGAAUGUUUGCUAACAUCUUUUUUUGUGUGUUUUCUUACCAUCUGUAAUAAACCUGGGCUACACGUUUCAUUAACAGACAAAAUUGUAAAUGUAACAGAGGAACAUAGAUUGUCUUUAUCCAACUGGCUUUUAAUUUUAAAUGUCUAUUACAAAGCCCAAAAGACCAGAUAAAGCAAACAGAGUUUCUCCUCAGAUCGUCACUGAUGUUAGACAUCUACACUGUUGCACCCGCUGGAUUUUAUUUCAAUAUCUUCCCACUGACUUUCAGGUACAAUGAGCAGACCCAUUGAAGAUCAGAGAAAACCGCCUAGAAGACCGAGUCUGUCCAACACAGAAAUGGGACGACUGGACUACCAGGGGAACAGAAAAGCAUUUCUACCCAGCUGGGGAGCGCCGUCAGCGGGUUGCAGCUUUGUGGACGGCCGGGCUCACCACAGAGCAUUGACAGAAGCAAACAGAGCCGGCAAGGAGGCUGCAAGGAAGAGCUCAGCGGGACAGAGCAUUCUGGGAAAGGUGAGACAUUUCAAGAGGUCGGGUGCUAUCUUGAAACCUUACAGUGACACAGCAGUAUUUUACUUAUGCAACUGACAACUUUUCAACAACGUAAAUCACUCUUUAGCCGCGGUGAGUUACAGUCCUACUCAAACACCGUUAUGUUACACCCUCAAAACUGGCAUUUGCUUCUUGCAUUUCUCUCUGUGGUCACUUGUGUGUAAGUGAUCGGGGAAGCAGACAGUGAUGAAAUCCUGUUUCAAAUCUGCUUGACAUCUUCUUUAGCAUUUUCAAACUUUGUACAACUUCUUAAACAUCGUACCUGCUUCAUUUUUUAUCUGCUUUUUUGCUACACCUGCUUGACCACGAUGUGAGGCUACAGAAACACGUACCAAAUAUUCUUUUCUAGUAGUUAAACCUCGCUAGAAGCAAGUUUUAUUUGCAGCGAAUCAUAAGCAAGUGGAUGGUUAAUAAAAUGCAUUUUCCAAAAAUCAACUUUUGCACAAGAGGAUUACCUUUAUCAAUUGCACCAAGAGCACGAAAGGAAGGGACUGAUAGGAGGAAAGGUGAGAUGCUUUUCUAAUUUUAGAGGCGUGACAGAGAGGUUGUGUAAUGAUCAUGACAAUAAAUCACUGCUGUCAAAAGUUAAAAGGAAUGUAAUUACAUGACUCUUGAAAUGAGUUAAUGCCUAAAGAAGCAUAUGUUGUUAUGUGAGGUGGAAAAAAAAAGCAAACAGCAAUGAGGAAGAGGUUAUGAACUUAGAGGCUGUGUGUGCAGAGAAGACAGGUGACUCAGUGAAGGUCACUCCCUUUGUCUUUCUGUUGCAUGCAAAUAAACGCUGGGAAAAAGAGACGGGAGGAGGAAUUUUUUGGAGAAGCCCUCACCUCAAGAUCGUUCGUUCCUCGUAGGAGUGAGACACACCCUGCUAGGAAGUUUGAAGAUCCCGCAGAUUACAGCUGACAGCACCAAUAACUUUGAGAUACUUAGCAUCAGCUGUAAAUCACUUGCUUUGUCAAAAACACUAUUUGCGCUUUUUUGAGUGUGUUUUUGUGUGCACGCACGCACACACACACACACACGCACACACACACACACACACACACACACGCAUAUUUAUUUUACAGAGAAAUUCCCCCUAAAUUUUGAUUGGUCCUUGAGUCAUUGUGAGGGAAUGUCCAAAAAACAACAACUGAAAAACCAACACAGAAGUAGAAAGACAAUCAUCGGCCAAAACACUACACACACCCUUGCGUGCCUGUACACACACACUCACACACACCACAAGCAGUAAAGUGAAAUAAUCACCCAUGCCCUCUGGUGACGAAACUUCUGUCACUAAAAUAUAUGGUCUCCUGAUGUGGAAAACUUCAAGAGACAACACACACGCAAACACACACACACACUUACACAAACACACACCAUCUCUUAUGCACUCAAUAUUAUGGUCUUUUCUUUGGAAAUACAAGCAGAAACCUGUUGGGCGAGCUGACUUUCCAUCAUCAGUCAUCUUUGGCGAGACCGGCUUAAACCGGUCUGAGAUGGAGAUUUUCUAGUGUGUGUGUGUGUGUGUGUUUGUGAGAGAGAGAGCGUUAAUUAGGGUUCAAGCCUCUGUAUGAGCAGGCGUCCAUCCUGCUGAAGUGUCCUUGGGCAACUCACUGAAGUCCCACCAGUUCAAGAGCUUCAGUUAUUACUGAGUGUGACCUUUGACCUUAGAGUGAAAGAUGGCAAGUGAGAAAAACAUCCUUGAGGCUUAAUUGAAGUAUCAGAUUUCAAUAGUCGCCUCUGUCUGGGUUUUUUUCACUCAUGGGUCCAGACUGGAUGAGACUUGAUUCAGUCAUCUGCAGAUCUGUUUACUGUUGAAUAAUCUGGCUUUAUAAUGAUGUGAUACUGACCGCGCCGACUGAUGUCACUUCCUGUUUCCCGUCCAGGCUAAAGGCCACGCAGUGAGCCGACUCCUGCAGAGCUUUGCAACGGAUGACGACUUUCAUUUGGAUGAGGAGAGCAGCUUCUCAGAGGGGGAGGAGGAGGACGAGGAAGAGGAGGAGGAGAAGGAGUCGAGGGAGAAAAUGUUGAUGCACCUCCCUCCCAACAUGCCUUGCAGAAUACCCGGUGGGCAUAUGCAGUGACACAUCAGUCACAAUUACUCACACAGGCUCUAAAAGCAUGUCAGAUCCAUUUCACACACAUACACUCACCUCUUUCUUGGCCUUUUUGUCCCUCCUUUUUGCUUCACGUGGCAAUUAUUCAGCACACUCACAAAUUAUGUAUUUCUCCCCCUUUAUCUCCUCCAUCCAUCUUUCCACCACACCCUCCCUCCUCAGCCCUGCCAAACUGUGUGCUGAGUAAAGAGAUGUUAGUGGAUGGGCUGAAGAUCCUGAUCUCCAAGGAGGAUGAGCUGCUGUACGCUGCCUGUGUCCAGACUCUGGAUCUGCCCGACAUGUAAGGAUCUACUUUCUCUCUGACUCACCAAGAAGACAAACCCAAGGCAGAGUUCAGAGUUUCCUUUAGCGUUUCAUAAAAGAAGGACCGCUUUCACCUUAAAUUAACACUUCUUUCAAAAUAAAGCAUCAUUAUUGCACUGCUGUGCAUAACCAUUGUUGAGGCUGUCAUCUGAUUAUCCCAAGACUGAAGACAUCACAUUUAGAUUUAGAUUUAACUGAGAUAUUGAACUGCCUUGGGGGGGAAAAUGGUCAGAAAGCUCAGGUGUUGAGAAAUGAAGCAAAUACAGAAGUGCAAAAAAACUGCAGAUACUCAAGUGUCUGUUUGAAACUAGCUCCAAAGUCAAGGACAUCCUGUUGUCCCCUCUUUGUCAAAAGGGCUAGUCAAAAAGAAAAAACAGUUUUGAUCUGAAAAAGCUUAUUUUUUUCUAAAUCAUACACUCUAUACAGUAAAAGCUAUCCGGGUAUUAUUUCCAUAAUCAGGGGUAGCUUGGGGGACUGUAGAGUUGAGGCCGGUGUAAGCUCCACCUCUCUUUAUGUUGCUCAGUUGACUGAAAGUUUGGUUAAGUCAUCAUUUUCAGUAUGGUGAUCACCAUUGUGAGGCAAAACGCCUCCUCAGAAACUGAUGGUGGAUGCCACUGAGGCUAUGUUCAUGUUUAAAUAGUCUAUGGAGGAAAUCUGAAAAAUGCUAAUAAGACUUACUUUGAUAAGAGAUCUUGUCUGCUUUGCAAAAGAGUUCAAACCCUUGGUGUAAGUCAAGUCAAUUAUGAGGACCAUGAAGUCUGGACUACUGAAAUGCAAUAGUAGUCCAUGCUAGUGAGAAAAAAAUACCAAAACACAAAAUUUCACUUACAUUGUGACUCAAUAAAUUCCUUUUCAUUCAUUUAUUUUCCUUUUUCUAUUGUUUUUUUCAGAUUCAGUGUUGUCAUCGAAGGAGAACGGGGGAAUCGACCUCGGAUCUAUUCGCUGGAGCAGCUGCUACAGGAAGCUGUGAGUUUCAGUUUUGGGGCUUUAUAACAUCUUCCUCAUUUUUUCGGAUUUGCUGGUUGACUGAAACUCCACACGAGUAAUACAGAGAGUUCUGUGACUUUCCCAGGUGUUGGAUGUGCGGCCCCAGACUGAAGCAAUCCUGACUGAGGGGACGCGAGUGUGUGCCUACUGGAGUGAGCGAUCUCGUUGUCUGUACCCUGGAUACGUCCAUAGAGGUGAGGAACACACUGAAAAAGUCAGUCAUUAAACACCAUUGGGUACAAUCCCUCGGUCAUUUCAUGUUGUGUUGUUUUUUUGGGGGUCCAGGCGAGGAGGAGAAGGAGGGCAGUGUCAUGGUGGAGUUUGAUGAUGGAGACAGAGGAAGGAUUUCCUUGGCGAACAUCAGGCUUCUGCCACCGGGAUAUCAAAUUCAUUGUGAGUUUGGCCAAAGAAAGAAAAACAGAAAGAGAAAAGAGGAAAAACAACUGAAUAAUACAGACGGAAAAAAUGAAAGAGUUUCUAAUUUUACAUUUUUGCCACUGUUAGGUGCUGAACCUUCUCCAGCACUCCUAAUCUCACCUGGUCGCUGUGGUCGUCGAAGCUCCACCCAGGAGAAGAAAGAUUUGUCCAUUGAGAAACCAGCCAAUGGGGAUCCGGCUGGGAAACCUCAAGAGAAAAGACCAGGUGAGAAACAACGCAGAGCAUGGAUGUACGGCUGUAAGCGGAGUAAAACAUGAGUGUGGUGGCAUAACACCUCUCCAAAAACUUUGGCUGAUGCCACCACAAGGAUUGUGGUAAAGAGGUGGAGCUUAAGGGGGGCUUUUAACCCCCUGUCGUCCCCCUUAUUAUGUAAGUUUGUAAACACCAUGGGAAUUGAGGAAGAAUAUAAAGAAAUCCGACCUCAGCACAAGGAACUUUUGCAUCUGGUUUAUGUUUCUUUCGUGCGACUGCCACUCACUCACAAUUCACAAUCCUUCUUCUUUGCAGUUAAUCUUUCAUCAACACAAACAUUUUACAAAGAUCUGCUAAUUUCAGAGUCUGUUGAAGAGAACUAGUACACUUUUUUGACUUCAAAAUUCUGAAGAAUGUCAGACUACCUCUUCAGAGAGACAGCCUCAGGAAUCCACUGAAGAGCACUUAGAUUGAGAGGCUUUAAUAAACGUCUGAGAAGUUCUUGUCUCUCUGGUAACAUGACUCGCACACAGGCCUUCAGGCCACACUAAAAUCUUCCAAAUAAAAGCUCAUUUACAUUUCCAACUGCCAGCCAAUAAUCAGAUGCCUCCAAGUCAGAAGAUAGCACAGAGUUAAGGUAUAUGAACCAAAAGGAUCGUAAAUUAAAAUUACCUGUGUGCUUCCUUUCAUUUGCCCGCUGUGUGACCACAUUAAUCAUGACUUUAUGUCGUGUCAUCAUUGUUGUUUAGCAGCAUACAUGUUACUCAUCACAAACUCAGGUUGACAAUAAGCUGAAGGCAGAGACAGGUUUACCAGGUUUGUUUUGUAGUUUGAGUAAUGAGCAUGUUGAAACUUACCUGGCUACUUAAAGAUGUUAUAGAUAAAGGUAUUAAGUUUCUCUGACACUGGUUGUUCAUGAUCUAAUCUCAGUCUGCUCUUUAGACCCUUCAGUCCAUAUUAAUCAUAACUCCUCUUCUCAGUUGGCAGACCGAAGAAAAUCCACUCAGUGCCUAAGACUGUCAGCACAGCGCCGUCAGUAACAGACACUACAACCAAAGGCAACGCUUCCUUGUUGAACUGGUCAGCGCCCAGGAAGAGGCCGCCUGUUGACUUCUUCCUCUUCAACGGGACGUCUAGGAAGACCCAGAGGAGGAUGCGAGAGCGGGACGUAGGAUUCCUCCAUCGUCCUGCUUCCCAUCACAUCGCACCUCCGAUGCCUUUCAAAGGCAUCUUCGGCUCUCCCUUUGAAGGUGACUCUUUCAGCAGCAUCGCCAACGGCUACUCUACAUUCGGAGGCUCUGGAGCGGGGAGGCCAGUUAUAACAGCAGCCUCCGUGGGGCUCCGGGACUCCUUGUCCUCUGCCUGUCCCUCUGCCGUCUCAAUGACAGCGGGAGGUAGGAAGCCAGUGAGUGAACGUGACAGGAAACAGUACCUAGUUAAACUUGACCAUGAAGGAGUGACUUCUCCUAAAACUAAGAAUGGGAAGGCCCUGCUCCGGCUCGGAGGGAACGGAGUCAGAGGAAGCAAAUAUCUCCACUCUGCAGGCGCACCUUUACGAUACAUCCAGCCUGGUCUGCUUGUGAAGGAUGGGAAGAAGGAUGGAGGAGAGAGAGAAACUACAGGGGCCCACUCUGAACCUAUCCUGAGAAAGGAUCUUCUGUCUAAAGGUAUCGGCGUCCAGGGUGGGGAUUAUAAUCUGGACUACCCGAGUGACUGCCCCAGCUCUUACUCUGAGCUUGAUGAGGAUGAUGAGGAUGAUGGCCAAGAUGCUGGAGAGCGCAGACAAAGUGCAGCUGCACCAUCCCAUCGCGGUGGCCGCUUUCUCUCACGCCUCUCUGUCUGCUUCUCUUCAUCCUCCUCCUCUUCAUCCUCAUCCGGCUCCAUCUCCUCCUCAUCGCUUUGCUCAUCCGACAACGACUCCUCCUACUCCUCUGAUGAAGAGUCCUCUUCUGUGCUGCUGCGCCGCGCCCUCCUCCAACAGGACAAACACAAGCACAGGCAGAGCAUGACCUCUGACCUCCUGAGCCCCGAUCCCACCACCUCCAACUCUCCCACUUCUGCCAUCGCACCAGCUCAUGGCUUUGUAGCCAAAGCCAGCAUGGCGGUCUCAGGGACAAAGGUGAGGACUGACAGAGCGGAAGACAGGAAGGAGUUCAUGUCAAAAGGAAACAUGGGGGGGAACAGCAGCACAGUGAAGAGCCAGCUGAAGAGGAAAGACGGGAUCCCUAACAGCCACCAUCAGAGACAAAGCAGUCCUGUGAGCCAGCAGCCCAAACCUGCCUCCAAGGACCUAACAUCAGCUAAGAAGCAGAGGAUGUCUUCACCUGAACCUCUGCCCAACAUCGCCUCACAUGUGCCAGGGCGCCAGCUCUGGAGGUGGUCAGGCAACCCCACACAGGUAAGAAACAAGUCUGCCAAACCAAAUCAUGACUCAAACCCAUCACUACAUGAGAUGGUGGAUUUUCUGUAAUCUCACAGUAUUAUCUUGGUUUCAUGGUUUCAAGAAUGUUUUUGUUGGGCAUUAGUUUCACACCUUCGCUCAUGACUCAAGUAAGAAAAAAGUGACUGUUACAGUUUUAUGGUUUGAUUACAUACAGUAAAUGCAGUGAAACAAUAUGACCUAUUCUUUCCUGUCUCAGACUUUAUACACAGUCAGGUUGAUCUGCUGUAGCUCGUCACAUAAUUUAUCAUCUAUUUAUACAAGUGAUGGUCCUGAAACUGUAGAGCAAACAUGUUUAGAUAUCUUUUUAAGAGGUUCAUCUUCGUCUUUGGAGGUCAAAACAUUUCUUCACUUUCUUUCUAAGCAGUACAAACCAAAAUCUUUAUAUUUCUGAAAUUGUGCUGGUAGUGAAUAAAUCCUUCAUCUUUUAAGAAACUGACCAAAGUGCUGUUUUUAUUCUCUUUCCCUGACAGAGGAGAGGUCUAAAGGGCAAAGCCCGCAAGCUCUUCUACAAGGCCAUCGUGCGGGGCAAGGAGACGGUGCGUGUCGGAGACUGCGCCGUGUUCCUGUCACCCGGCCGGCCCCAGCUGCCCUACGUGGGCAGAGUGGAGAGCCUCUGGGAGUCGUGGAGCUCCAGUAUGGUGGUCAGGGUCAAGUGGUUCUACCACCCAGAGGAGACUCGCCUCGGGAAGCGACACCGUGAUGGCAAGGUAAAGACCAGCGAGUGCAAGAGGGAACGGCCAAAAUAACAGCCUGUGACAUUUUCGUAUGAAUUUAUCACCACUUUGCUUUCUUUUAUUUCCUGAUCCCAGCUGAUAUGAUUUAUUUCACCUCCACUUAGUUCAGGGGACCGUUACCAUUAGCAGUUCUGAAUACUCAGUGUAGGGUAGGUCUCUCCCAGGGAAAGUCUCUGCCACACAGGUUGUCAUGCAUUUUGCAAAUCUGGCAUCAACAAAAAGGGUUUGUUAGGAAUAAAUUCAAAAAGAGCUGGAUGGUUGAUAUGAGCAGCAACAUCCCCCCUAAAAACUCAAGCCAUGCAGAAGCUCAAACCCCUUAGUCUGAGAAGUAAUGCUGCAUUCCAAUUACCUUGGAAGUCGGAUGUGGGAGCUGGGAAUGACAUUACACCCGAUGUUGACAGCGUUCCGGUAAACUAGUCGGAAAACCAAGAUGGACGCCUGUUAGCUGUUGUCAGCAAUUUUCAGCUGUUGUUAGCUGUUGUUAGCGGUUGUUAGCCAUAGCAGUUGUAAACAAUGCAUAACACAGUAUUUUACUCUUACAAACACCGUACCACCGUGUUCACAGUUAGACAUUGGGCAGUACAACAUAUACCACUCAUUUAAUUUUACAAAAACAAAACAGAAGUGCUAAUGAAUAAAAAAUGCGAGAGAUUUCACUGUUACUCGUUACUGUUGAUGAACUGCGCUGCCAUCUUGGAUUAUGACGUUGUCAUCAAGUCGGGGUUAGUGACUUUCCGAGUCGGAAAUCUGACUUCAGGGGGGCAUUCCAGAUGAAUUUCCGACUCGUAGCUCGGAAGUUUCGACUUCUGAGAACAACUGGAACGCAGCAUAAUACCCCACAGUUAGAGCAUGAUCGAGGAGAGAUGAGUGGAACAUGGAGAGUCAAAAAUACCAUUUAACAAAAACACAAUCUUACUGAUCAACAGUGAUUGAAGUAGUUCAGGCAUCAUUAUCAGCUGGUUACUGGGUUGUCCUGAUUUCCCUGCCUCUCUCCUAGAACGCCCUGUACCAGUCCAGCCAUGAGGACGAGAAUGAUGUGCAGACCAUCUCCCAUCGCUGCCAGGUUGUCAGCAAGGCCGAGUAUGAUCACCUGAUUCGUGAGCGUAAACCCAGCAACACCACAAAUGACCUGUUCUACCUGGCAGGGACCUACGAACCGACGACGGGCCAACUAAUCAGCGCUGACGGCAUGGCCAUCGUGUCCUAGCACGCCAGGCUAUAGAGAGAAAUCCAAAUAUUUACUUGAAGUCUGAGGAGGAUGGCUUCUGAGACGGUCCGUCAAAACAGAGCAGGGGACAGAGGCAAAGCAAGACAAAGAGGUUUUGGCUCUAUGUAUCGAUCCGUCCCUUGUAAGAGAAGGAGCUCGCCCCCUGGAUAAAGCCCAACAGUACUGGCACUUCUGGUUUAAUCUGGGGGAAAAGUCUGAUCCAUUUCAGACCUAGACUCUUUAUCAGAUGUGGACUGAGGCUCCUGGAGUCUACAGGCUGAAAAAGUGGAGUAUCUUGUCACUGCGACAAAGGAGCGGGAACCAAGGACAUGAGCACUUUGGAGUACAGUCGCUUGGAUUUUUGCUCUGGAGGCAGAGAGGCAGACUUGGCCUCUAAAACACAGAGAGGACAGACUGUGUGGUGGGGAGAGGCUUGAUGUAAACCACACUGGUUUAGGUGGUCUAAAUGGUCUAACACCUGGACGAAGACAUUGGGAGAACCCUAACAGGACCAAAAAACACUGUAGUUCAAACUUUGUGUAAGCAUGUGUGUGUGUGAGUUUGUGUGUGUGCGUGCGUGUGUGUGUGCGUGCGUAUGUGUUUGCAGGGCUGCGGUGGCCCUCUUCAGCAUUUAAUGAGCUCUAAGUAAAUAGUGCUUUACCGUGCGUGUGUGCUCAUGCACGUGAACACCUGUGCUCAUGAAGCAUAGAAGACGUGGUGACACACGAUCGGUCUGUCUCUCGGAGUAUUAAUCUGUCCAGAACUUCAAGUGCAGAAACACAAAACUUCUCCUGUCAAGCCAUACACAUCAAUACCUCUUCUCGCUCUCUCUUGUAUCCUUUUAAGGUGCGAACAGACAUGUACAGGAAAUUGGUUUAUCAGCUUGAACGGUGAAUGUGUGCUGGUUCGAAUGGAAGUGUGGCGUGGGUGUACAGCAUUAUGUGUAAUAUAACAUGUAAAUAUAUACAUAUAUAUUUGUUCUUUUUUUGUUUGUUUGUUUUCAGAGAAGAUUAUUUUAUUUAGAUUUUAUUAGAGUGGGUGUGGGUGGGUGGGUUUGGGAGGGUCUGACAGAGGGAGGAGGGGGUUCUUUUUUUUGCUCCCUUACUGCACUGAACAGGAUCAGAAGUUUGGAUUUAGGGUCAAACUUAUGUGAAGUCUUUGAGGUCAUAAGCCCCGCUUAAGGCCAAGCGUAGAUAUGUAGAAAGGAUUUUUUUAUAAGAAAAGCAGAAAAGGUCUUUUUAAACAUGUGUCCAAAUGUUUUUUCUUCCUCUUUAUUUCACUCUGUUGGGCUUCAAAUGUGUGUUUCCAGUAGGGAGCAUUUUGUAAACAAAAUACUGGAAAAGAAACUGAGUUUCUGCUGUUUUAUGAUCCUAAAAGAAUCUUUAUCUACUUUAGCCUGUAUUCCUAUAUGAAAUGUAGAUAUUUAUCUGGCUUCAAAAAUACCAAAGCACCUGUGAGUUUACACCUCAUCGCAUUAGAAGAAAACAAUUUUAUGAAAAAGACUUAAAAACAUUCAAUCAAAUCUGAAUCCGGGACCCCUGCAAUCACAGAGGUAUUUCAAGUAGAGUUCCUCUCGUUGUCUGCUCGUGUUCAUCCAGCGUUGCUAUGACAGCCUCUGAGAAACGGUGCAGCAACAUUGUCUGCACACCGCCCAGCUGAUGCACUUGAGGUCUCUAUGGCAACCAGAAUGGCAUCAUGUGACUGUGAAGGACAAUCAGAGCCAAUCAAUGGGACAUGAAAAAACAAGGAUCAAAUCACAAAUUAUGCUUCUUGUCACUUUUAUUCCUGCUUUGCCAAAAAAACUGUUUCUUUAUGUUUUAUGUUUGCUUUUUUUUGUUUUGUUUUGUUUUGUUGACCAUUGUCUUACUGUUUAUGCAAGCCUGUGAUGACUGUUUGUUGUCAGUGUAUAGGAUGUACAGGGGGGAAUAACAGAAAUGCCUUUUUUCUUUUUCUUAAGACAUUGACUGACUUUUAACAACCAUGUUGCUGUUACACUGCAAAGCAAAAGCUUUAAAAGGAAUCUAAUGUGAAACUCAAUUUGAAAAUAUCACUUUAAUGGGUCUUUAAUUAUUUUUUUAUUCUAUAGCUGUACUUUCUUUGAGAAACACUGGAUUCAGCUCUUGCCAUCACAUUUUAAAAGACGCAACAUCAUUGUGUUUUUUUUAGACCCACUGGAACCUGCUUUGUAAGGUUGAGAUAGCCUACUAAAAUAUAUUAUGUAAUUCAGUCAUUCUUUGGAAAUAUGACUCAAAUAUUUCCACAUGUACAAAAGGAAAAAUUAUUUAUCUUAAUUUUAUUGCCUUUUUGUGUUUCAUUAAAAAAGAUUCUUACAAAAAAAAAAAA